UUGCUUUGAACCUUUUUUUUGUUAGAGUUCCUCAUUAUGGGCAUUAUGUAAUUCAUAAAUUUAGCUUAUUUGGUGAGCUUACCCUUUUUGUGUUUGUGUUAGUUUGGCAGUGGGCUCAGUGUUCCUCCUCUUUUCUUCCCCUUUUUUGUCAAAGUUGUGUCUAACUUGGGCCUAUUAUACUAGCCAGAGGAAGUUUCACUUUUGCUCAAUUUUGGCAUAGUAUGAUAAAAACUGUCAUAGUAAACAAUGAUAAAAUUUCAAACUAAGUAUAAAAAUUUCACAGUAUAGUGUGUAAAAUAUUUCUUUUUUUUUUUAAGAAAAAAAGCAUAAUAUAGCAUGUUAAAAAAGGCAGCAUGGUAUAAUAUAAAUGUUAUAGUAUAAAAUGAUAAAAAUGUCAAAUUUUAGUAUAAAAACUUCAUAGUAUAGUAUGUUAAAAAAUGUCAUAGUAUAGUAUAUCCCUUACUUUAAAGUUUUAGAUGAAAAAAAUUUAUAAAAAAGUAUGAUUAAAAACUUCAAAAUUCUGUAUGAAAAAAUGUCAUAGUAUUUGAUAUUAAAAAAUUGCAUAAUAUAUUAUGAUAAAAAUGUCAAAGUAUAGUAUGAUAAAAAUGUCAAAUUUUUGUAUAUUUAAAAAGUCUGUAUUAUAUGUUAAAAAAGUCAUAGUAUAGUAUGUUUAAAAAAUGUCAUAGUAUAGUAUGAUAAAAAUUCCAAAUUUUUGUAUGGAAAAAAAGUCAUUUCUAGUAUGUUAAAAAAUGUCAUAGUAUAGUAUGUUAAAAAAAUGCUAUAGUAUGAUAAAAACUUCAAAUUUUGUAUGAAAAAACUAUUAUAGUAUAGUAUGAUAAAAAUAAAAUAGGAUUUAAUAGGAUGUUAAAAAGUGUCACAGUAUAGUAUGUAAAUAAUUUCACAUUUUUUUAAGAGGGGCUUUCAGUAGAUUAACCCAAUUCUUAUCGCCCCUAUUCGUGUAAAAUGUCUUGAUUUAGCCUCUUUUGAAAUAUUCAAACUCAUUUGAUCCCAAACAAAAAGCCUGUCAAUAUUAACUACCAUAAACUCCAUUUCCCAUGAAGCUUCGCGCCAGCACUCCGCCACUCCUCCUCCCCCUCCUCCUCUCAGCAGCGUUCUGCCUCGCGGAGCUGAGCAGCUCAGAGAGGAGCAGGCUGAGAUGAACAGCUCUGAGUCUCUCCUGUCCAGAAAUGUGCGCAGGCUGAAGAAGGAGUCUCCUCGCUCUCUGAAGCUCGUCAAGACAACACAACAGUUUCACAGCUUUAUGCAAAGACCGGACGCUUUCAACGAAGGAUAAACUGAACUAAUCCCAACAGUUGAAGUGAAAACAGCCACUGACUGAAUGCUGGUCUGUGGGUAGCCUUCUCUCUUUCUCCGGUAAGCGCUUAUUUCAUCUCUUCUGUGAGUUUCUGUGGAUUCAAUUGUUGGUAAAGUUGUGCUUGUUCAGCUCCUCCACCUGCCUGAGAGUGUGUGUGUUUGUGAGUGUGUGUGAGUGAAUGUGUGCAGUGAGGCAGUGGGAAACUUCACUGACGGAGAGGCUUGUGUAGUUGGGACUGCGGCAGCCUCGGUGGUCGCAGGGAAGCUGAAUAGGAGUCGUGGUGACAGACGAGCCGGAACAGAGACUUGUUGCCUCUGACUGAAAUCUUUAGCGUUUUCAGGUUGAGAUGAAACAUUGCCAGGUUAGUUUGGCUAUCAAUGCGCAUUUUCCUGCCAAUUUUCAGUCAUAAAGCUUGCUGCAUUGGCUCAAUUAUUGAGGAGAAACUCAGUAUCAUGUAGGUUGAAGUAACUGUUUAACAUGGAUCUUAGAUUUUACCAGGGUCAGUUAAGGUAAUGAGUCGGGAACAUCUCCUCCCUUUCGACAGUUUACUCUAAAUAAACAUACAUUUUCAAACUGUAUGAGUUUGUUUUUGAAGGUUCACCACAACAUUUAUGGGAAACUGUUCAUCUUCAUUACUGUCAGUCAGAUUUGCCUUGCUUGUACAUAGGGCUGGGCGAUAGGGGAAAAAGUUUCUAAUGAUAUAUUUUUUUCACAUCAGUCGAUAUCGAUAUAUAGCAUGUCUUUUGCAGUACAAUAAGCCACUGCAUCUGUGAGGUCUUAGUGUCUCUGACGUUUUAUCGUAAGGCGUUGCACUAGAGAAAGCAGACUGUUUCGGCUGCUCAGGCGCCAUGGGCUCCUUGCUCCACUCGGGGUUUGUAACCUUUUGCAUUGCGCGUGUUCUGCCGCAUGACACUGCUUCAGGUAGUGAAAAAGAUUUGAGGUAUUCCCUGACCUUGCGAGAACAUGUACUCAACAUAACUUGCAGUGCGCAUUACUCUGCUUCAUGUCCGACCUCAAAAAAACAAAAUACUGUAUUUUUUGCAUUAUAAGGCAUGCUUAAAAUCCUCUUGGCUUGUCGGAGCACUGCAGCUACUGUAGCCUCGCAGAGUUAUUGAAUGAGUUCAAUAACAUUUGACUUAUCUGACUGUUUUGUUUGGCUUAAUGCGCUUUAUAAUCCGGUGCGCUUUAUGUAUGAAAAUAAAUGCAAAUAGACGUGUUCAUCGAUGGUGCGCCUUAUAAUCAGGUGCGCCUUAUAGUGCGAAAAAUAAGGUACCUGUUGCCAACGAUGUUGUCAUCUGUUGAUUCUCCAUCUGCAUUUCUGUUGAGGGUAGUACUCAUUUUCUUCUGUUCUCAUCAACAGCGCUGUAGGCUUCACAUGUACAGUGCUAUGGUUGUAGUUAGCUUCAGCCUGCUACUACACAGUUGUUUGCUACAUGAUGGGUUCAGCGCAGCGCGACCUGGGGCAACUCCCCUUUACAUUAGCUUAUCGUAUAGUCUACCAAAAUAUGGCAGAAUGGUGGUUAUCAAAAAGCAUAUCGACCAUGUUUUAUAUUGAUAUUGAGGGAAAAUCAUCGUUUUUUCGCCCAGCCCUACUCGUACAUGUAAUGCUGUGACAGAUAGGUCGGUUUAACAUACACACACAAGCGAACAUCUUACACAAUGGUCAUGCAUGUGGCUGAUUCAAAGCCCUUUGGAUAUCUCCACACAUGCAUUAGCAGGACUGUCCUCCUUAUUCAAUCUGACAAGUACAUGGUCUUUCUUUGCUCGCAGGACUCAAUCACACAUGAAUACACAUCUUCUGUAUGUGUUUCAUUAUGAAGCUGAGGCACGCACUUACACAAACGUCUUCCUCUGUAAUCGUAAGGAGAAGUUUGAAUCUGGUGACCUGACAAAAACACUCACACCCUUUUUCACACUUUGGCAGCUCUCGUCUACUUUUCUCUUCACCCCAAACUCCCUUUCUCACACACAAACCAAUACACACAUCGAGCCAAAUGCCACCAAUAGAGACCCCCUCCCUCCCUCAGUUUGUGUUGAUGUGUUCGGUUAUUGAAUAGGAGCUGUUGGCAGCCCCAUCUACCCUGCAGCUUUCACAGAAGUUGACAUUCACUCCAGCAAACACAAUUUGCACUUUGUUUCAGCUUCCCUUUGCUUCCACUGCACCCCCCUGUGUUUUCACUAUACAUUAGUGAAAAUCUGUCUUUCCCCAACAUCUUUUGAUAAGAAUAUGGUAAAUAAACACACAACCUUCUGUUUAAUCUGGCAACAGUUGGAGUAAGCUAGAUCCCAAAUCUAAACUGAGCACACUGUUUGAUUUGCAAACUUCAAAUGACAACCACAAAAAUCUAUCCUGUGUCUGAGUCAAGCAUGUAAACAAAAGAGCCUGCCCAAAUCCAAAAUUUCUUGAUCUUCAUGCUUUCAUGUGAUUGAACUGUGUUUAUAAGAAGGAGGCUUGGAGGAUCUUGCAGCUUAUAACACUCAUGUGUCAAAGGUCCAGAUCUGGAUGUCGGUGUAGGACUAAAUCUUCGUUCUGUCAGUGAUUUGACAGCAUAUUGGCAAAUGUGUGACAGGAGCACGGCAAAUGCUUUGAAACAAUUUUAACCUCACAGUAUUCAUAGCACGCAGCUCAUGCUGGUAUUUGGAUUGGGACAAGGUCGGGCAUAUGCAGCUGUUGCAUGUAAGAAGAGAGAUGAGUGAGGGAGUGAGGAGCAAGAGGACGAAGAGCAUUCACCGCACGGGCAUCAACAAGUCAGAGGAGGCCUUUGUUUUUGGCUCAUGUGCAGCCGUUGGUUUACAUACCCCUUAAUUGAACGAUUCGUACUCCAGCUGUCCAAACAUUUUACCGUCCAGCUCAGAUAGAAGGGUCCAGCCUCCAUUUACAUCUGAUCCAGCCUGAUAUGACACUGCUUCUGUUAUGUUCUGGCAAAUUUGCAUCAGGUACUUAACGGUGGUUGGUUAUUGCAUAGCAGCAGUUCAUAGCAACAGCCUGUUCUUUUAUGAUGUGAGGGAAAUUAACACCACAGUAAUCAAAUCAAGGAUUUUAUGAAUGAUCAUUUGUGCAACUUAAUGAGAUAUGUUGCAUCCAGUCAGUUUAAGUUGAUGUAACAAUGCAAAUGUACCAUUUGUAAAAGAUAAUCUAAUCUUGUCUUACUACUAGGUUUACUUCAAAUUCACUAAACUGGCUAAUGCAAAUGUUUGAGUUUAGAGUACAUCCUGUCCUCAUAGGCCACCAUUGCUUCUUAAUUUUCACCAACAGGGAGGGUAAGCAAUAGCACUCUGUUUCUGAAAAAAUUAACUUAAGCCAACAGACAUUGAACGUGACGUGCAAACCUUUGAAUGUGUUUGAAUUUUGCAACAUUAUCGGUGAUGGCCUGCCUUUAAAAAAGCAGUUAUACUGAUUGGUGUUGAACAUUUAACAUUGGGCUGCUUGAUGGUGGUGCCUCUUUGGAUGGAUGGCAAUCCAUUUAGCCCAGUUGUCCAGUUUUCCAUCUAUGGCAUUGAGCCCAAAAUACUUCUACACCAUGCUUCUUGGAUAUUUUGGUGUUUGCUUGAUCAUGUCCUCCACCUCACAAUAACAUGAUUGUAUUCGUUUGCUGAGGUCGAGAGUGCGUGGAUUGGCCAAAUUACGAUUAGAGCUCCCUCUGCUGGAUCAUAUAGACAUACAGACGUCCUGAUGUGCUGAUACGCUGCGUUAUAAUGAGUUUAAACGGCUCAGUACAGUUCAAAUACAAACUUUUCCUCUUAAGUUGGAAUGAAUGUUCAAGUUUUGAAUAAAAAGUGACAGCCCAAAUGAGCAAGGGAGUGGCACAGACUAGAAUCUGACACACUUAAUAUUGCUGAAUCAUCUAAUUUCCAGUAGUUUUAGGCCUAGUAGGCCUCUUUGAUCCAUAGGCUUUGACUCAAAGCACCUUGCGGUAAACUAACUUUGUAGAAGUCAUUUGCAUGACCUAUACUGUUCUCUAUUCAGGAGGGAGAGAGGCUGAACAGCUGCUUGUAAUUCAGCACUCAUUAAAACCGCUCAUAAUGUGUCCGGACCGAUACAGGACACAGUGAUGCAGCUAAACUGAGCCUGGAGGUGCCGUCGCUAAUACCAAACAGUAUAUCCACACUUUGUCUGACUGCUCUGAAAGUGAGACUGCUAUCAUUGGCUGUCAAGAUGUCAUUAAGCAGACUACACACAUUUCACACUCGCUUAGGCUUCAACAGGAAAGACUCACAGCCCUGUCAUUGGAAGGCAAACAGUGGAGGGUUUGGCACCGCACCUCAGGUUUAACAAUUACCCUCGCGCCCUCCUCUGCCCAUCUGAGACACGCACCUCAGGGGUUACAAUGUCAUUAAGGUAGAGUGUGGCGGAAGCAUGUGCGGCUGUGAAUAUUUGUUCAAUGCCAAGCUUGCAUCACAAUGAGCAGGACUGAUACAUCGAACGAAGACACUGUUAUGCGCUGCUGUUGGAGGAGCAUUUUCUCAUUCACUGAUCUGGAACAGAGCGAAAGAAAGGAGGAAGACGUCAUCAUUUUACCCCUCAGUUGCAGUUCCUUCAACCUGUUGCUUGGCUGACCCUUUUAUAGUUUUUUCACCAGUCAACACAAAGUCGUAACUGUGAGAAGAUGGGUGUUUUAUGCUGUAAGAAAGGGGAAAUACACUCACAUAUGCGGCUUAGCUGUCAGCAAACUACGGCUGAGGGAUGCUUUUUAGAGCUGUGAGCUGUAGACUGUCAAGGAAACACCCAAGCGUGUUUCUGCAAUAUUCAAAGCGUUCACUAACUUUAGACAUACAGUUUAUGUAGCUGUAUGGGCUGAGUAGGCAAGGGUUGAAUCUUUAUUUCACAGAUAUAGAAAGGCUAAAUGAUGCAGGCUUGCAAAGGGCCUUAACAAACAGCAACACAUCAAGGUUGUAGAGUAUACAAAUCUGAAGAUUUAAGGGUUUUAUUAAACAUAGAGUGAUAUGUCUCUCAGAUUUAAAUUCAGCUCUUUCAUUUAUUUUAUCUCUUCUUCUUUUAUCUGUAAUUUCACUUUACGAGAACUGACAUUUCAGAGAGCGGGAGAAUUCGCCGCCGGAGAAGAAAUGAUCAUUAACUUUGCACUCUGUCAGUCGGCCUGAAUCGUUACGGUUGAUGAAAAAAAUCCUCGUCUGUUCUGCUUGUAAAGAUUAGAGAGUUCGGAGUGACAAACAGAGGGAGUGAAGCUGGAAUUGAAAAAGUAAUCAGAUUAAAGGUAUGACAGAUGAAGAUAAUAAAAAAUGAGAAUUGUGUUCUUAUAAUAAAAGGAGGAUAUUGAUCCUCAGAGCAUCAGGUGGGUUAUAACUGCUGCUCCUCCUUGUCUCCUGAAAACCAUUGACCUCUGCAAAAUAGGUUUUCAUUUGACCCGUGCAGUGUAGAGGACCUUUGUUAGGCUCUUUUAAAACCCAUUUUGUGAUAGUUAGUAGACCACAAGAAGUGCCUCUCGUUCGGAAGAGACUGACAUACAAUUCCCGUAAGUGUGCACUUGACAAAAUUAAUAGAGUUUCAACAGAAAUGCAGAUUCCAGCAGUUAAACCCGGACAUUUCAAGAAAGAUUGAUGGCAAAUACUAAAACUGAUUUCUUUUUCCACACCUCAGUGAGAGCAGGAAACCAUCUCGGCAGCUAAUUCGGAACAGGGGAACUACCUGAAUGUCAAAUAUUAAACUAGUUAAUCAAUAAGGGAUGAAAUUUUUGAGCUGUGACGAAGUUUUCUCUGAGCCAGAUGUGGAGAUUCAGACUUCAGGAAAAUGAUCGUCCAGGAAAACAGCUUCAUCGUUCUGAUACUGUCAAAACAUUUCUAGGUGGAGGAGCGUAGUCCUGAAGAUAUAAAUAUUUUCUAUGAUAUGCGUGUUUCAGUCUCCGUGCUUAAGCAGACAACACCUCUGAGGUUAGGACAAAUCUUAGAUAAUUUAUGUAGCAUACCAAGCUGAGGAAUGCCACCCUGUGUGCGUGUGUGUGUAUCUUUGUAUCUUUACUAGCAGCAUGUCAGACAUUACUGAAGUCAGACUUGUUUGUCCUGACGUACAGUCAUUGGCAUUCUCCCUCAGGACACUCUCAGCAGCAAAAAAACCACACACACACACUCACAAACACACACAUGCACACACACACACGUAUCACAACCGCAAACACACAUGCAGAAAACAUGCACCCACAUGUCACUCACACAGGCACCAAUAAACAAGCCCAGGUAGCGACACAUAUUCAUAACCUGGGUACCAUCUCCACAUCGUCCAACACACUUCCAGUACCUUUUACCUCUUUUGAGCUUACAAUACACAAGCUAACACGCUGUUUUCAACUCAAGGUGGCCCUUAGCAAUUUUCUUGAAGAUAACAGGAUGCUCCAGCCUGAGCUCGACCCCUCUCUCUCUCUUUCUCUCUCUCUCUUUCUGCUACAGCACAGGAACAGACCUCAGCUCUGUGAGAACAGAGACUGAGAGCGAGGCGCAUUGGAGAGAGAGUGUGGCGUGUUCAGGGCGAGUAAACACUGCGGAUGCGAUUAACUGAGAUUCCCCAGGGGAAGUUCUGAUGGGAAAUCAGAGUCCCUUUUUCCUGAGGAUUGUGGGUAACACUAGUUGUUAGAAUCUACAUCGUAACAGGGAGAAAAGCUCAGUCGGGGAAUCUGAAAUGAAACACAUCCUCUGACACUGUCAUACUCUCUGUGGGUCAGUUUAGGAGGGCAGAUCAGAGUGUGUGAAAGGUGGCAUUGCUAAAUGACUCGUUUUAGUGAUCAAUAAGAAGCUACAACCAGGAGAAAGUGAGCUUAGCCUUGCAUAAAGAGUCUAAAACAGGUAUCCAGGAUUGGUCUAAAGAUAUUAAAACCAGCAUCUUUAACAGUCCUAUAAAAAAAAACAUAUAUUUCUCUGUCCUCCUACACGACUAUAGCUUGCUUCUCUGUUUCAGAGUCAAGGUGUCAAGGGUCAGAGGAAGGCAUGCCAACUGCUCAGUUGUUGGUUGCAAUAAAAGAAAUACAAAUGUCUAUAUUCUGUCCCGGCUCCAGCACACCAAAGACAGACAUAUGCUGCAACGUGCUCCGGAGACUUUACCGAUCCUCAGCGACUUUUGUCUUUGUUAAAAACGACUGCCGUUGUGUUUGAAGCACUUCCCAUACUAAUAAACAAAUACAAUUAUGAUGUAGGCCAGAAAAAUGAGCUUCCCCUCAUUGAAAGACCAGCAGCCGCCACUGCCAUAACUCAAAUCUAGCUUAAAAGACAGCUUGGGUAUGUUGUAAACAGCUAAAAAAUACCAACAUAUAAUGCAUAUUUGAAGUUUAACUGACUGCUGUCCAUACAUGCUUAACCAGGCUAUCAUGCUAGCUUCAUUUUAACCCUGCAGACUUGAGAGUUGUGCUUAAGUCUUGAAGCGCCAAUCUUUUUGAACCUUACGAAACUACCUAAAGCUGAAUUCUGUGAAAUCCAUCUUUUAGAUCUAGAAUUGAACAGUGAAUGGAUUUGGAUUCUUAGAAAUUGUGGUUGGGCUCGUCCUUCAGCACUGUCUGAAUUACGGGUGUCCCGAUACGAUAUUGAUAUCGGAUAUUGGUCUGAUACAAAAAGUUGUAUUGGGACACCCCUAGUCUGAAUAAGACAACAUAAACUCAGUGAGUUUACAUGCACAGCUUAAUCGGACUAAGCUUAAUCGGGAUGUCUUGUUGGCGUACACAUGCAGCUGAGAAAAUCAAAUUAUUGACGUGAACAUGUCCUCCUCCCCAAAACUAGGGGGCAAAAUUGGUCUUUUCAGCUGUGCUGUUUCUGGACCUUUUUUGAAGAUGUCCCCGUUCCUCGUUUUUCUGUCCGGACAGAAAGCAUAACGGCACUUUCCUCGCCAUUCCAAAAGUGGACAUUCUUUUGUGCUUCAGCCAUGUUGCUUCUGAGUCGAAGGUUCUUUAAAUGAUAGUGCCACUUCUUCUGUUUUCGAUCCGGGGUUACGGAAGCGUGGUGCAGGUGCACAUGCAUUGUCCUAUCAUACUAUGACUACGCUGGUUACAUGGUAGAGAAAAUCGAAUUCCAAUCGCAUUAUCUGGGUGUCUUAAUCGGAGUUCUCAAACUCGGAUUUUAGUCAGACUAAGGUGUUUACACGCACUUCAGUUGUCCGGUCUUUAUCGGAGUAAGACAAUAAUUCAGUUUUCUCGAGUGUCAUGUAAACGUACUGACUGAUGUCGGGUUGCAGCCAUGUCUUGAAUCAAGCUGUUCAGAGAAGCUGGGAAACACCUUUGAGGGUUGGUGCCGCCAUAUAAUGGAUCUUUGCUCUGAUUUAGUAUGGACACCUUGAAAAUGUACAUUGACCUGAAGUGGUUAAAUGAACAGCAGCAAGGAGGGCUGAGAUGAGGUGAUAGACUCUGGACAUGGGUGAGGGGACUGAGCGUGUGCAGGCUGUCCCCUCUCUCCUGGGUGUAAAGUGCUGCUGAUGCUGCAGACGCUCACACACACACAGUCAUACAUCGCAGGGAUGGGAUGCUGUAAUGUCACCCAAGGGGAGGAUCCUCAUGUCACACUCUGCUGGCUAAGGCACUGAAGUAAGGGAACACUCAUAAGACCCAUUUUUGUAGACUUUUCCCUUGGCUCACCUGUGUGACUUUCUGCGUAUUUAAGCAAACUUGUGUCCUCGAAUGCCCUUGUCUGGAUUUCAUUCUCUACCUUCAGCAAAAAUGCCUUCAAAUAUCUGUAUUUUCUGGUUUAAAAAAAAAGCUAAACACAGUGAAUAAGUGUCCUUUUAUAAAGUCAUCAUGUGUUCAGAGGGAAAAAUAUCCGUUGAGUUUACAACUGUGGCUGAAUCAGGGUCAUUGGGGACGUGAUGAAGAGACAAAGACAUGUUUGUUGCUCGGCUUUCUGACGUCUGUGUAUUUGCAUUCGUUAUCAUGCCUGCAUGUGAGCAUGUUUGUGUGUUUUUGUGUUUGUGUGUAAGUGAAUGAGGCACAGUGAGGAGCACAUUCAGGUAUGAGGUGAUACUGUGGAGGGAUUUGAGCUCUGCGGGGUGGUUGUUUGUUCGUCUAUGCUGAUGAAGGAUGCGAUGGCCGGUAGAUUGAUUUCCAUCCAUCACUAAGGACCUCAGGCUGUCUGGCACCAUUUUACACCUCCUCUCCCUCUAUCUUUCACUAACUGACACCUCCCUUUCUCCCCUUGUCUUCUCCAUAUACUCGCCAGUUUGCUUUGCCAGCCUCCUGCUUACUCUCCUGUCUCCACCUGUCCCUCCUCUUCAUCUGCUCUUGCACUCCAGUCCUCCUCUUCAUCUAACCUCCUGCCACCGUGUCUUGCUUAUUCACAUUUCCCUUUUAUGCGUCUCCUUUCCUUUCCUCUUUUUAUAUUUGUCUCACGUCUCUCCUCUGCCCUCCUGCCAUGAACUUUUUGCCACCUUUUUGUUUUCUUUCUUUUUCCUUUUCUGUCUAAGUACCCGAAUCUCCGCCACUAGCAUCGAUUUUUGAGCAGAAGGAGUCAGAAACACACACACACAGACACACACAUACAGAGUGUAGCCCGCAUACAAUUAAAGCGUACCUCCCUCUUCCCUUUUCCCAAGCAGGCUCAUAAUAGGAAAUGCCCCCGUUAUCUGUACGGGCACUGGUUUAUUAAUAUAAGCCAUGGACAAACAAGGUGUGUGUGUGUGUGUGUACGUGCUCUGCUGUGUAUGCACACUACAAAAAUGUAAUAGUGUACCGCAGGAAUUACAUGGCCAGCCUCUCAAACCGUCUCAAAGUGAUUUGUGCUCGUCAAUAUUUUGAUAAUGCGGUUAAAGAAGGCAGGAAAUGACAAACGGUGAGAAAUGAAGAGUAAGAUUGAGCUUUACAGGGUCAAGACUUUGGAUGUCCACCUAAAAGACAAAGUGUUGAAACAUCUUGAAUCAUGGGUUUCGAUAAAAUCCUGAGCUGAGUCAUCUUAUAAAGUUCCUCUUAUCUUAUUGUCUUUUUUUAGCAGCGUUACAGUAUACAAAGGCAUUCAAGAGGAACACAAGGGAAGCACAAGAGCGGUCAAUACCGAACACGGCUUGUAGGGCUGGACGAUGAACCGAAAAUCUACCAAUAUGACGACGAUAUGACUACUAACACAAAAGUCGAUGAACUUUCCUUGACGAGGAUCUGUGCUACUGUGGACUGUACCAACCAAGGGGAUCUUUAGCGUAGGGCUGGGCGACAUACCAAAAAUUUACCGAUACUGAAAUUUGUGACAAUAACCGACGUCAUUUUGCCCAUAUCGGCAUAUUCGGUGUCAAAAAAAUAGAUAAAUAAAAGUUGGUUUUGGAUGUUUGUUGGUAGGCUAUGGUCCUACGUCAGAGAUGUGACUCCGCCCCAUCCAGUCCGUAACAAAGACAGGUGAGGAGAUGGAGGAUGGUUCAAAAGCUGUAGCAGCUUGAGCGGCGGCUGAAGUUGACGAAGUUGACGUGGGAGGGGGUGAGCAGCUUGCGGAGUAGUUAUCGUCCAUUUAUCAUUAUCAAGGUGAACUGCUCAAUAUAUCGUGAUGUUGAUUUGAGUUCAUAUCGCCCAGCCCUAACAGCUUGCUAAUGUUUGAAUUUGCAUAAAUUUUGCAUUGCCUUUUUUCCUGAGUUUCUGUUAAGGGGCCUCCUGUUAAAAAAAAAAAGUUUUAGAGUUUUACAUUGAACUGCAUUCCCUUCAGAGUGAAGUGAGGCUUUCACUAAAGAUAAAUUAUUUCACCUUAAAAACUAAAAACAGUCAAAAAUGUAUAAUUUAAGUUUAAAUAAUAAUCAAGAUAAGAGACAAAUCCCAUACAAGAGAUGAAGGGAGCCGCUGAUAGUUCGGAUUAUGUUGUUUUUUCCCCUUUUAUAAUGAACCAGCAGUUCUGCCAACAACAUGACUCUGCCCUCAGAUCAACACUGAAGCACAGGAAGCAAUAAGUUUUGAUUUCUAUCUCAUCUCAGAGCUUGUUUAAUUUUUUUGAAGCCAUUAUCUGGCUGCUUCAGAGGAAAUGAGCCGCUUGUUUUAUCAGUUUUUCCCCAGAGAGUGAACUCGCCUUUAGCCUGAUUGCAAACGACUGUUUACUGCAGUGACAGUAUUUGUUAAUGGACUAUGGGGCAUUUGUCACCAGAGAGUGUGAUCUGUGUGUGUGCGUUCAUACGGGCCUGAAGGCAACACUUUACAGCACGAGAAUAGAGGAAAUCAUUUUUAAGAUGCAAUUAGUCCGUUAGUAUUUUUGAGGGGAUUAUUUGCUAUCUGCAAGCCAUCCAGGGAAUUUACUCUCCGCCUUCCUCUGCUUUUUCCACGCUUCAUCCUACUCCUUCCUUUCUCUAUCUCUCUCUCUAUGAAUAGACCCCUUGUUUUCCCUCGCCGGCUGCUAUAGUAAAUAUGCUCACGAUUAAGACAAUGGUCGCAGAAAAACGUAAAGGGAAGGGAAAGAAAAAAGGCGAGAGAUAGGAGGAGAGAGUUGACAGAGACUGAGGAUUAGGCAGGCAGAGGUCUGAAUGAAAGAGUAAAUAGAAUCAGAGGAAAGAUGUUUGAGCCAAGUGGGGGAACAAAGAGGGGAUUGUUGAGGUUUAAGUUAGAGGCCUUUCAGCUCCUGGACAGUUGGUCGCUGAUGUUUGUCUAAGAUUCCCUCAUGAAAAGUAAACGGUUGGACUAACAGUUUUAACGCUGUCCAUAAAGAAAACAGCUGAAUGUACAGUUUGAUUUAGUGAACCUGAAGGGAUUUAUCUGUACAGUAUAAAGUCUCUAUAGUUUCUGAUAAGAAUGCAAAUCUACUGUACUUUGAAUGUUUGGUCAAAUUCCCUUUUACUACAGACGUUAUCAGAAGUCAGUAGGUUGUAACCGCACCUACUUGACAUUUGAGAACUUCUGUCCUUUUUUUUUGUUGUAAAAUGAAUGAAGGGAAGCAAAUCUGUUCCUCAAAGUAGGCCACACACCGCACUAUUGUUUUCUUCGGGGAACUGGAGCUCAUGGAUCAGCAGUGGAAGUGUUAUUACACCAUUGUUUUAUUUGUUUAUUGAAGUACACUACUUCUGUAGAAAUCUAAAAAAAACCUGAACUGUUGUUCGGCUUUCCCAUGAUAUUGGGCCAUCCCUCAACUUAACUUCAUUUUUUAAGUAUAUUACUUCCUUAUUUAGUCAAAGCAGCCUCAGUGAUUCAUUUACAGAGUUUCAGCGUUUCAAAUAUGAAGCUUUUUUCCUCCAUAGAUAUAUGGGCUCAUCUUACAGUAGGGGUUUAGGAAUUAAAUGUCAAUAUUUUUUAUGAUGCCACUUGUCUGUAAAGCAGUUGUCCAACCUUUACCUUCCACUACUGUGCCAGAAGGAUCAAGAAUCGGAGUACAAAGUAGCACAAAAAGGAAAAAAAGGUAACCUAAAGCUGAGGGCUUUUUUCGCUGCCUUAUUUAUUUAGCAGCAAAUACAUUAAACAGCCAAGAAAUACAGAGUUACAGAGAUUAAUGUCGGGAAAUAGAAGACAAGAAAAAGAUCGCUAUAAAAUGGACGAGUGUGCCUCUGAAAAUUGGAUCAAUGUUGGACAAGAAUCCAAAAAGUCUGCAGGUUACUCAACAUGUUUAUAUCACCUGAUAUCACAGGAGCUUUAUUUUCACUCCUGAUCAAGUUUUACUCCAUUUACCUUUAAAGGUAAUCACUGAAUUUGAGAAGAUGUGUUUUUUAAAAUUCAAUCAAAAUAGUUUUAUUUGUAGAACAAUUUUGUAGGAUUUAGUUUUGAAAUCUCUAUUUUUAAGAUGAGGAGGUGAUCUUAUGGUUAGGGGUGUCCUAUUUGGGGGGGCAGUGCAGUAAUGAAUAGAUUAAGCAUUAUAUAUUCAAUAUAUUUGCCUCAUUUGCAGACGUCCUAUUGCCAGAUAAAGAGUCGUGCACUGAUGUUAGUGGCCUUUGUUUAUCUGUUGUGAUGGAGAUGAGGUUUAUUUGUUUAGCAGAAGUCAGCUGUUGGUCAAACUCUGAUUCAUCAAGCAAAAUGACAGUGUUACUACGUCUCUGAGUAAGAUUGGUGGUAUGACGUUUGUGAGACAUGUUCCAGCGACAUUUCUGGAGGAGGGACUUCCAUCAACAUUUUGAACACAUCAAAUCUCAUCAGUCAUUUAAAAAGAUUUGCAAAGAAUCUAUGCAAAUAAAUUGGCUGUUGGCUAAAUUGUUAGUUUGAAAGAGGCCAUUUGUUUCCCUGAUUUACGAUCAUUUUCAACCUCCGUAUCUCCUGAAAAGAGGAGCUUCAACCCACCUGAUCGACGAGCUGACAGUUUUGUCAAAUCUAAGAUAAUGCAAGACUGUAAGUUUGUAUAAACACUCCACUGAUAGUGUGCUACAGUUGUACCCAAACUGCUGUAUCUACACCUUACUUUGUCCAACGCUUAACUGUAAUUGUCUUUUCCACUGCGCAGUGGAGUGGUAAAGAGAGCACACUUAGCCCAGGAGGUAACAUGCUUCAAAAAAUGCCUACAAAGCUUUAAUGCAUAUUUAGUGCUGCAGAGGCUGCAGCUUUUUCUUGGAUAGUUGGACUGGGAGUUUUACCAAGAGGAAGAAAAGGAGGAGUGAAAAAAAAAGAUAGUGGUUUUACCUUCCUGCUUUAGGUAGAGGAAGUGUUUCCAACACUAGAGAGAGAAGAGGGAUGGACCGUUUUAAGGAAGAGAGAUGUACGCUUGAAGAGACCAACCACAGCAGGGUGCUGUGCUGAGCUGCAGUGAACAGCAGCGACAUGAAAAGGUUUUGAACUGAAGCCAGGCCCCUGAGCUCUCUACCAAUGCUGAGGGACCCAGGAGAAGACAUGGUGAUGAGAGAGGAGAAAAGUUAAAGAAAAUGGAGGAUUAGGAGGAGGGGGGUGAGGAUGAAAAGAGGAGCCAGCAGACAAGAAGUGGAGAGAAAAGUGGAAAAUACAAGAAGAAAGGACAGAGGAGAUAAAAAGAGUCUACAGAAAGGUACUUGUGUGUUUUUUUUCCAGUUCACCACAGUUUUAAGUAUGGAGGACUAGUUCCUAAUGCAGUCUUUCAACUCUGCAGGAUAGUGUCUUUUUAUAAUCAUCUGCAAACAUUCAUGUCAUGUCUGCAGCCGAGGCAGAAAGAAGAAACUCAAACAUGAACCCCUGCCUUCAAGAAUAGCAGAGAGAAAAGUUUGACAUUUUCCAAAAGCUCCACUCUAGGUGGAGGUUUGGGUAUGACUCAUACAGAAAUGAAUUCAGGUAUGUCUCUGGAUCCAGAGGAAUGCAGGAAUGGGAGGAUGGAGCUAAAAAACAGAGAGGAGGGGGAGGAAGAGGAGGAGGAGGAAUUUUGGCUAAAGGGUAACCUUCAGACGGAGUAGGAAGUGACAGCAGGAAAUCCAAGUAGUAAUCAGACCUACUUGAUGUUGCGCUGCCAGACAAAACAUUCUCAGCACACAAAUGGAAAACCGUCCAAUUAAUACUUUACUCACGCCAGUUUUUGUCAUCCUGAAGGGACGGAGAUUUGGGAAGGGGGGAGAAAUCAAAGGGCAUAGCUGAGGAGUUUUGGCAGGAAAUGAUGAUCUGAUUCAAGAAUUGGAAACUUCAAAACUUUAGAUCUCCAUCUCCGCAGAACUGGAACGGGUAAAUAUUGACAUAUUUGGUUGAAAAACUGUCUGAAACUGUAAAUCUAUCAUGAAAAGAGCUGCUUUUCAUUUUGUUUCAACUCAUGAAUCAUUGUAGCUCUUUAUCUAAACUUAACCUCUUGAAGUGGGAUAGUUUUACUUUUUUCAUUUUGCUGAAACAAGUUCACUUACAGCCUCAUAGAACCACUGACAGGAUUGCUUUCAAGUCAAUGCAACCACUAACCAUUGAUUUUUCCACUGAAUUAGCCCGCAGAUCAUUUAUUGUAAUACGCUGUUGUUCUUUUUAUACAGUAUCUCAUCCAUAAAGCAAAUCAAAAAGAGCAGUGUGGCUUUGGAUGUCAGUAUUGGUCUUUUGUUAGCGGUAUUAUUUGGUCGGCAGCCAGCUUUAUGCCAAGCUAGAACCAACUGGGAUUGCAUCAUGUUUUUUUAAGUCCUUGAUACAGAGAGAAAAAGUCAGUAUUCUCAAUAAAUAAGCUAGAAUAAUGCUGAGUUCCAGUUGUACUCGGAAGUCAUAAUUUCCAAACUGUGAGUCAGAAAUUCAUCUGGAACACACCCCUUAAGUCGGAUUUCCGAAUUGGAAAGUUGGACGAUCCUCACCAACCCUGAAUUGACGACAACGUCACAAUCCAAGAUGGCAGCCCAAUGCAUCGACAGUAAAGAGUAACAGUGAAAGCUCUCGUAAUGUUUUACUCAUUAGCGCUUCUGGUUUGUUUUUGUGAAAUUAAAUAAGUGGUAUGUUGUACUCCCCAACGUCUAACUGUGAACAUGGUGCGAUGGUGUUUUGAAGGGUAAAUUACUGUGUUAUGCGUUGUUUACAGCUGGUAUAGCUAACAACAACUAACAAUGGCUAACAACAACUGACAACAGCUAACAACGUCAAACGAUAGCUGACAAUUGUAAACAACAGCUAACAACGGCUAACAGUAGGCAUCCAUCUUGGUUAACUGGAAACGCUGUCAACUCGGGUGUAACGUCAUUCCCAGCUCCGACUUACGAGGUAACUGGAACGCAGCGUAAAUUGAGCAUGAUGUACUUGGUGAGCAUCAGCACAGUAGCUUAGGAGGUAGAGCGGUUGCCCAUCAACUGGAAGGUUGGUGGUUCAAUUCCCUUUAUCCCUAGUCUAUCUAUUGUGUCCUUGGGCAAGACACAUAACCUACCCUGCUCCCAGUGUGUGUCCUCCGCUGGUGUAUGAUCCUUAUGUACGUCGCUUUGGAAAAAAGCGUCUGCUAAAUGACAUAGUAACAUUUGCGUUGUCAUGGUGAUCCUAAUAGCAUGCGGAAGUUAUCAUCUAGCUAGCUUAAUAUCUAGAAAAGCUCUCUGGAGCCAGCGUGUUUGUCUUUCACCUUGUUUGCUGUCCAUUUGCAAUUGCAAUAACUAACUUUUUUUUUUUAAUUCCACCCCUAGUUUUAACUGAAUAUAUGUUUAUUUAAUUUUUUUUUACAUAUUUUCAAAAAUUGUUUUUUUUUUUUGAUCACACAUUAGAAAUCUCAAUAUCAGUAGUUUAAAAACAGUUGGUUCAUCUCCUAAUUAUCUGUUCUGAACAUAUUUAUAAAUACUUCGACUCAAAUUUUGCAGAUGUAGCUGCUUGAAGGUGUUUCCUCCGCCUUUUCUGCUGCACACUUUGCUCCCCGAUUUGAGUAAAUGUUCAGUAAAUUGCUCUCUCUCAAGUUGUCAGAUGCAAUAAAGAAGCUCUGAUGAAGCUGGUUGGUGCCUCACGGUAAACAGUCCUCCACUCGGCCCUCCUGUGUCGUGUUUGAUAAAAAACAGGCUGCAGUGGUGCUGCAGUGCUGAAACAGGAGAGAGAUACAGGAUGGGGGGAUUUCCACUGGAGCUCUCACUUUGUUUCAUUUGUCAGUUUGCUCCUCUCAGAUUUCAAGGCUACUGCUUUCCCCCUUUUCUUUACAUCGAUGCACAAACACACAGAUUGAAAAUGGCUGGUGUCAAUAAUAACACACACCCGGUCAGAAAGUGGUAAUUUUAAGCUUGAAUAAGAUCAUCAAAUGAGUCUUGGGGAUUAGCUUCUUUUCAACCAUGAUAUGAAGGUUAUUUUUAGGCUCCUCUCAGGCGCACAAUGCAUCAUGAAAAAAAACAACAAAGUGAUCUGAGUUUGGCUUUAGAAAAAAAGAUCUCUGGCUCUGUGUUUGUGGAUUGAGUUUCAGUGGGUAUGCGAUUGAUUUUGGCUUCCAGUAAAUGUUGCUGAGCAAUUGAAAUGACACAGAGAGGUUUUUUUUUUUUUUAAAGACCCCAAUGAAUGUCACAUUCAAAACUGGAGUCACUGGGAAACCUUAAAACACAAACUCUUGGCCCGACCUUCAUUUCUAAGCCCUGUGGUGUCAGGAAAAGAGCAUUCAAGACCUCAAUCAUACACAACCGCCUUUAUCUCUAACAGUAGAACAGUAGAACUCCUAACCCUAACACACAGAUUCACACGUUCACACACACAUAGAAAUGAGCAUUAGCCCUCAGACUCCACAGUAACUAAUCGCUUCAGCUGUGUGGCCGUGCCCUCUCAUUAGGAACGCUGUAUACUGAAAGCUGCACCGCUAAUGACUCUGCAACGCCUGUUUCACAAACAAUACUCCCAGGCUUAAUACCAUUAUAGCUAGCAUACCUCCACAGACAGACCCACAGCUGUCCUGCACAGUUUUACAACCUCUGAGCAGGGAAACACUCAAACAAGCAACAAAUCAGCUGUGAAUCAUUUGUUGUUCUGCUCUCUAUGGGCCAACAAAAGCUGAGCUAAGAUGAUGCCCCCAAAAAACAAUCCCAUGAGUGUUCCAGAAACCUCACAUCCCAUUUGAUCAGCUGUCAACGCUGCCCGUUCACUCCCAGCGUUUUUUUUUUUUUUUAAUAAUAUAACACUUGCGUCCGCGCUGUCGUCUCGCAUCCGCUGAUGGUUGGAAGUUAGCAUAUAGCGCCCUCGGUUCUUCCAGCAGCGUUGGCCCGCUCGCUCUUCACGAAGUUGACACCGUCAGUCGAGCAUGCACACAUCCAAUCAAGAAGAAUUUGGAGGGGAGGUAGAUCAGAGUGCGUUUACAUCAAAAGGUAAGACUAAAGCACAACCUGCUGGUCUUUUCCUGGAGCUCAUGGCAAUGGUUGAGGAGUUUUGUGGAUAUUGAAAGACUACUAUGUCUGCUUUGUUGCCCCCUUCUUCUUUGUCUUUCUUGCUCUGGUUUGUCAAGCAUCCCUAAAUUGAGUCCUUUCAAAUUGUUUUGUGCUGUUAGCGGCUUAUGAAUUGCACAGACACAACAUUGAUUGCUUUUUUCAAUGUGAGCCAGCAUAUUGACUGCCUCAGUGACUCAAUCGCUCGGAUAAUAACCCAGAGGACUGUGUGUAUCAGUGUGUGUACGUGAAAUUUUCUUUGUGUGCAUUUCACUUAUAAAUUGUGUUUAUUAGAGGUAUCUGUGUGUUUGCUUACAGUGGUAUUUUUCAUUGUGUUCAGUCAUAAUAGAGAGCAUGCAACUUGUGAAUAUGUGUUUGCAGGAGGUGUUGCUUUCUCCUUGUGUGUGUGUUUGUGUGUGUAUGUGUGUGUGUGUGUGUGUGUGUGCUGUUCUUAAAGUCUGCAUUAUCAGCCUCUUGGCAACAGGCAAAUGGAGUACCACUGAGUUCUGUUCAUCGUCAAGGCCCUGUCGCCCAGGGUUACAGGGUUGCUAGGGACCGGUUGGAUGUUGGAAGGAGAGACUGGCAUUGCUGAAGUGCGAGCUCCGCAUGUGUGCGCUUCGUUUCGUGAUUUUUCUCUGCUCAUUUUUCUUGUCAUUCUCCCUUUUCUGUACCUGGGAGGGACGGUACAUAAAUAUACGUUUAAGUUUCAUGAGUAGUGAUUUUAACUCGGACUAGACACCUGAUUUGCAGACAUUAAAGUCAGACACCAAACAUUUUUGGGAUUACAGAGCGAAUUCUGUGUGAAAGUGUGUAUUUUUGUCUUUCUGCAUAAACAGGGUGUGUUCUGUCCCCGAAAAAGGGAAGCAAGAGAUUUUUAUUCCGUCACAAUCAGCAGAUGAAAAAUUACCAUCAGAGCGCCUGUUAAUUUCCAGUUGUCUAGCCAUGUUUGCGUGUUUCCGCACACUGCAUGAUCAAAUUUAUUUAAUAGCCCAUACUUCAUUAGAACAAGCGCUUAAAUAAUCAUGACACACCAUCAGUAAAGAUGUUGUUUUAAGACAUGAUGUGGUUGUAAAGCGUGUGGGAGAGAGAGAGAGAAAGAGAGAAUGAGUGAGAAAGAGGAAAGGAGGGGAGGUCUGAGGCGCCAGCAGAGAGGAUAUGUCUGGCAGCUGUGUCAUUUUGCAGAGUAAAGGAUUAUGGGAGUAUUACAGCGAAUGAGCAGAGGGACCCAGACACACAACUUUCCCUCAACCUAUUGUAUGUGUGUGUUUAAGAGCGGGGUGAAAACGUGAGUAUUGUAUGAUCAGAGCUCAGUUGUCGCCAGUGACUCGCUACUGUGGCAUUCACAGCAGCUGGCAGGGCUUUACUCGCAGUCUACCUGUGUACCAGUCUACAUACAGUCAAAAGACACUAAAUGAUGCACAUUUUGCUUGCGUUUGAAAAAUAAGUCUGUAUAAAACUCCAAACUGCAGCCAGCCCUCAGCUGAUCUCUGCAAAACAGGGCAACAAUAGGGUUUAAUAGAUUAUUUUCUUUACAUAAGCCAACCUCGUCUGAUGUGAACACAGCUUUCUAGCUUGUAAUAACAGAGAGACUACACUGUUCCUACACAACUAUUCAGGGUUAUUUAUUGCAGCGCCAUAAACCAUCCUGCCAGAGACUGAUGAUAACUCUUAAAGCCACCUGUUCUGUUUUUCUAAGUCCAUGUUACACUUAAUCACGAUUGCAUAAUGUAAGCUUUUGCAUUAACUUGACUCAAAGCCAAACCCACACACACACCCACACACCCAAGCACGCCCUCCCCAUCAGACACACUUGGAUGUUUAACAAAAGACAGCCACUCAUCAGGGAUCAUCGAUGCGUAAUAUGCGUCUGUGUUUUCUCUAUGUGUCAUCCCUACUUAGUUUGACACCGCGCUUCUAAGUGGUUAGAAUCCCAGCGAGGAUUCCCCGAGUGUCACUUUUACAGCCUUGUAGCGAAACGAGACGCUUUGGUGCAGCGCAGCCUGCCGAGCGAUAACAAGAUUUAAGGAGGGUGUGCGUGACCUCUGCACAUCAGGAGGGAUGUUAACAAGCUUUUCUUGACCCCUCGGCGUUUAUUGCCAACACACAUGCACAGAUUUGCCGCUGAACACUUUUCAUAUAAAGGCAUAAGUCAGCUGUGGAUGGAGACAAUACAUACACAAUAACAACUGAAUGAUAGACAGUGACAGAGCGUAAACCGCAGUAUACUAUGAAUAAUAAUAAUGUUUAUUUAUGUAGCACUUAUCAAAAAAGAUAUUAUGAAGGGCUUCACAAACAUUAAAGUUAAAAUGUCAAGCAUGCCAUUAAAAGACAACACAACAGAACGGGGCUAAAUAAAUUAACAAAAAAGGAAGAACUAAAGGGAACUAAAAACAGGAUAAAAAUAUGUUUCUAAUAGCAGACCCUGAUGUAUGUGUUAGAGGCAGGCUGUUCCACAUUUAAGGAGCCCAUACAGCAAAACAUCAGUCUUCUUAAAGUUUUAAACUUGAGGUGGGAACAUUGUUGUCAUGAGUAAAACCUUAAAAUCAAUUCUAAAAGAAAGGGCUAGCCAGUGUAAGGUCAUUAUGAAAGAAGUGAUAUGCUCUCUUUUCUAAGUUUUGCAUUAAGCAACUUCCUCAUAUCUGAUUUAUUCCCGUUAAAGUAAUCUAAUCGUGAGGAAACAAAAGCAUGAAAAAUCUCAUUCUGCAGAUAUUUCUUAGAUGGGAGAACUGUGUUUGUGUGUUUUUGAAAAGUCAGCAAAACAGUUUGUCAGGUUUGAAAGGUUUUGGGUGUUGCUUGGUUACAACUGAGUGUCAUUGGCGUAGCAAUAAAAUGAAAUAUAAUGUCUCUGUGUUAUGCAAGCAAGUGGCAGCAUGUUGAUAGAGAAAAAAGUAUGUCCCAAAAUUGACCCCUGAGGUACUCCACUUUACCACUCAUUUCAGAGUGAGGGGAAACAUGCACUCCAAUUGACACAAAGGAUCAAACAUGUUCACCAGAAGUGAUGAAAGAAGCUUGAAAGGGCAUUUUUAGCUGCAGUUAAAUGAAAGUCAAAGAAAAUAGAGAAGUGUUACAUGUAAUGAUCUUUGAAUCAACUGAUCAACAAUCUCAUUGUUUUAUCACUCCAGUAAUGUAAGGACAUGCUUAGUGACAUAUUAAGAGGGGGGACCUAACACCCCAAAACAUCAACCUCUGAUGCCAUGGUCCUUAAGAAAAUAAAACAAUCUUCAAAUAAAAUAAAAAACAGUUUUUAAGUUCCCAACAACAAAAAAAAAAACUGUUUAAUGCCCAAAUCACCCUCACUGUCAUUUCUAGGCCAUGAUGCUGAAUUGGAGUCCUGACAGACUGCAAACCUGCCUGUCUGCACUGUCAGCAGCUCCUCUUUGUGGGUCAAUGCACUAAUGAGCCCCACGCGUGGAGCAAGUUUGAGUCCAGGUUGUAGCACAUGUCACAUAUCACACCCUUUUCCUGCCUUUUGUUUGCACUAUGACUCUUAACUUUACAUCCUAUGAAAUCUAUAUUCACUUACAAACUGCGCGCCGCUCGAAUCAGCAAAUCCCAGGAGCAGAUUAUGGAGCUCAUUACUGAGUCAUCAUAUGGAUCAACAGCCCAGCGCAUUGAUCAAUUAUUCAUAGGACUCUGAGGUGAAUAACAAGCGCUCCGGUGUUCAGUGAGGACUGAGUGCUGGAGUUAAGCAUCAGCUCUCAGUCCUCGGUCUGGGGUUGGUAACUUUGUAUUAAGGUGCUUAGAUUUUCUCAAGGGGCUGAAUUAAGUCUACAGGGAGUUCAUUGUGCGGUAGCCAUCAAAUUUAUGUUUUCUCUACCUUCCUUUAAGUCAAGCUCUUUCAUUUCCUGUAGAAAUCUCAGAAGAUGGGGCAGGCUCUUUGACCUAACUCCAAACAUCUGUCGAAGCUUUCUUUACCUUUUAAGAUCUCCACAUGAAAGAGACUUCGGUUUGACACCUUACGUCUUACUCGCUGGCUAUUUCAUGAGAUCAGUUUGACCAUACAGCAAACUUUUAAACCACAUUUUACAUUUCCUGCCAGCUAUCAAAAAGUCGUGUGAUCUUUUGAGGUUUUCUUAUUUCCUCUGAUGUUUUUUUUUUUUUUGGUCUGUCUCCUGCCUGUGGUUCUCUAAACAAAUGUGUCAGCGUCUUUAUGGCCAAUUGUGCAAACUUUACCAGCUCUAAGGACUUGAAAGCUGAAAUAAACACAAUCGCUCCCCUUGCUAAAUAAAGAUUUUCCCACUUGAGACGAUGGGAGUUCACCCAGUCAAAGAUAGACAACCUCAACCUCCUCUGUGCCUUUCUUUUCAGAACUUGUGGGCAGCUAAGCAACAACAGACUCGGAUAAAACCAGCUGUUUAUAAGAGGCCCUGUCAGCAGAACAAUAGCUGCAGUAGCCACAUGCAGAAGGAAGGCUAAGACGGCUAAGCUAAGCGACAAGUCCAAGGGAAGCCAAAACACAGGAAGUAAGAUGCUGUUUACUUUCUCUUGUCUAGACUUUUUCCUUACUUGUUAAGAGCCCCCUUGUGGUUUCCUGGUCUGAAAUGAAUGAGCGUGCAAGGCCACUUGUGGGUGUUUCAUUGUUUUAGCAGCUCCUAAAAUGAGGCGGUGUUUGACCCAUUUGUGGCCCCCAGGUCUGUGUGCUGCAGCGUUAGCCCUUCAGUAAUCCCUCAGCGACCCAGAAAGUAAUUUCCAGAGCAGCUGGUAAUGUGGGCCGUACUCCCAAUAACACAACAAUGGCAUCAUAUAGAGAAGAAAGUGUUAAAGACGGCGGGGCUUUCCUUUUGAAGUGGUGUAAAUUAUUCAAAAGAAACAUGUAAAAUUCACCCCACAUUACCCAAAAGUAACAGCCUCAUUUGUUGGAGCUGUCUGGAAGCUGCUGAAGUGCAUCUUGGGAGUUGUGUGUUUUAGUACACACACACAGUAAGGAUUGUGGGAACUGUGGUGUGUAUGACCCAGAGGGUUUUAUUAUCAGGAGAAGAGCUGAUGUCACUUAUCUGAGCCACGCAUGGGAUUAGAAUAAAGUAUCGCAUGCAAAUAAGUGUGUGUGCGUUUGUGUGUGAGUUUUUGUGUGUGUGUAAGUGCAACAACGAGUUGAGGAGUCAUAACAACACUGUGGCUUUCUCACCAAGUCUCAACCACCCCUGGUUCAGAGUGAGUGCAGCAGCAGCAUGAUUUUACCCACAACUCUGCACACAGGUUGCAAAAGGGAGAAGGCUGACUAAUUUCCCAGCAUGCCCAGCUGCAUCUCUGUAGCCUCUCGUGGGGCUUUUUGGAGGACAGCACAGUGACAGAGGGACAGAGGACGAUCCCAACAAAGUGCUCUGCUCCCCGGGGCAUCUUUUUCCAGAUGAGGCCGUUGUCUCACGGUCUCUGAUGAAGCAUUCAGAAGUUUUGUGGGUGUUUGUGUGUGUUAGUGUGUGUGUGUAGGUGUGUGUUUGAGUGAAGGACUGUGGAUGUGUGGGUGGCCUGUUUACAUUCCAGUGAUUCCUCUCGGGAAUCUGUGUGUUCCCCUGCUUAUUUGCCCGGGAAGGUUAGGUACAUGUGGAAGUGUGUGCAUGUAUUGUGUGUAAAGGAUAUUUUUAGACCUCUUGCUUCCCCAGUGUUUGACCCUCAGUCUCUCACAAACAGACACAUCCUGAUAGACUCUUUAACCUUUAGAGGACUCCUGUUGAAGCUGUGAGUUGAAAAAUGUGCACCUAAACGCAUCGUCACAUGACACUAAGAUCUGGUCAUCUGCUCAUUUGCUCAACUUAUUUGUGGAUUCCUAGAAACUUUUUGACAAUACAAGCGAGAGGAAUGCAGAUGAAUUGGAAUAUUCAAAGUUGGUAGUCAUCGAGAAAAUGUAAAACCGCGCCCUUUGGUUCAUCUGAAGGGAUUUCAGAUGAAUUAAAGUGAAGGAUUGUUCCAAACUUUGUGGAUUUCCAGGAAAUCUUACACUAAAAUAUUUUGUUGUAGGAGCUGAGGGGAUUUUGGAUGUCAUUUUUGUGGCCAAGCAGCUUACAGGACAAAAUCUGCAAUCUGUGCUCUGGCUCUGUUAAUGCCGUUAAUUCCUCCUCAGGAGAUGAAUUCAUGCUCCUUGCUGCGCCCGCUGUCAGCGCACUGGUCGCCUUUUCAGAAGUGACAAUCAUACAGAGUCCAAGUGGGCUCAUAAACUCUUAUUUUCAGAGAUUAUUUUUGAUAUCUUUUGCAGCAAAACACAAGGAAGAGAGCUGACAGAGCGGACAGAGAUCAAGCGGUGGUUAACAUCGUGUUGCGUCUUUUUAAAAAAACACCAUGUGAAUUUUCUUGAAACUGACUUCCUCCGUUGAGAAAUCCUCGCCAUCUACACCGAGCUAUUUCCUGUCUGCUAUGAUAGCCUGAUUGACGGUAGUUGAUAUGAUGCUGAUAGACCAUCAGGAAGUCCUUAAGUAACCAAACCAUAAAAGACCAGUCAUUAUCACCAUAAUAUGAUGUCAUGUGCAGCAUUAGACAUUUUACCCAGGGUGAUAUCAGCAGGAGAAAUCACCAUCAACAGCACUGGAGGGGUCAGAGCUGUUUAGAGUGCGUGCAUCUGGUGCAGAGUGAGUUAAGUAUCCAGGGCUUUGCUAAUGGCCGUGUAUGAGGUAGCGGUCAGGAGUGUUGAGAGGUAAUUUACAAAUGCUGUGAUGUAAUGACUUUUGAUAUGGAGGGGCUCUGUGGAAGAGCGUGUAAGGUUAGGCCGCAGACAUUUGUGUGGUGUGCGUAGUUGUGUAUAGUAGAGUGUGUGUGCAGGUGGAGAGACCAAUAAGUUCUCUGAGUCAACCAGUGCUUUAUAAUGUCUCUGAAGACAAGAAUAAGUGUAUCAGGGUUUGAUUCCUGGUUACUAAAGAGGAUCAGCAUCUGACACUAGCUACCUUGGCUAAUGCCAGAUUCAUAUUUUGGGAAUUAUGCUUUAUGGUAGGGCUGGGUGAUAUGGCCUCAAAUCAAUAUCACGAUAUAUUGAGCAGUUCACCUCGAUAAAGAUAACUGGCAGAUAACUACUCCACAAACUGCUCACCCCCUCCUACAUUAACUCUGUCUUCUUCAGCUGCUACAACUUUUGAACCGUCCUCCAUCUCCUCACCUGUCUUUCCCUCUUUGUUAUGGACUGGAUGGGACGGAGUCGUGUCUCUGACGUAGGGCGGCGUCUUAAAGGGACAUAAGACCAAAGCCUACCUACACACAUCCAAAACCAACUUUUAUUUAUUUAUUUUUUCGACACCGAUAUGGGCAAAAUGACAUUGGUUCUUGUCGUAAAUUUCUGUAUCGGUUAAUUUUCGGUGUAUCGCCCAGCCCUAUUUUAUGCAUCUGAAAAGCAGUUUGUCAAACAUCCAGUCGAUGUUUGUUUGACUUGUUUGUGAAAAAUCAAUCAACGUUGAGUCAUUCGGACACACAUUGUUUAUGGAAGUUGCAUCAUUUAACCAAUCAGUCACUUUUCUACUAUGUUUAGUGAGUGUUUUUGGAUGUUAUUUGUCCAAUAAUCGAUAUUCAUUUAAACCCAGCCAGGCUUUAUCUGGUUCAUUCCAUUUUCUUUUGCUAACCUGGGUAAGGGUGUCUGGGCGCAACUUUUUAAAUUUAAUAAGAUACCGAUAUUUUAGCCUUCAGUAUUGACCGUUACCGAUAUUGGCUUAAAAUUGUGAAUGACAAAUUUUUCACUCAGCUGCAAUGUCUUUUAUGGACUUUAAUGGAAAUUUUGCUGAUAUCGAUCCAAUAUCGCAUCAGGACACACCUAAACCUGGGGCCAGGUUGCAAAGGCAGCAGGCUACCAAAGUUGACCCAAACAAUCAACUAACCUCUGUUAACUAAAUAACCAACCAAUCAACCAACAAGUCACUUUUACUCAUCACAUGGGCAACUCAUCCAUUCAUUACAAAUCAGAUCAGAUCAGCGGUUCAGAAGCCCAAGAGGACCACUGUGGUUACUGUUGGCUAAAGAAGGAUAGGAACUAGAAAUUAGGACUGUCCUUACCUUUUUUUAAUGAAAAUACAUGUACUUGCUGAGGAAUUAUUUAUUUGGAAAGAAAAGCAUCAAGUGCAGCUACCCUGUUCUAGCAGAUGACCUCCAACAUACGUCGUCUUCCUUUGAGAAACGACGCCUGCCUGGACAGUGCAGUUAUCCAGUAGUCUGAACAUCCAUGUCUGUUUUACACUUACUUCUCCUCCUCUUUCCUUCUGUGCCACUUUAUGAAUAAUAUCAGUAAGUGUCACCCCUGUCUGUCCUGCUCCCUCCCCACAUCUCGCCACGUUAUCCUCCCUCUGUGUCAGGAUGGCUUUGCCUCUGGCCACCUCGGCUACCCUUAAAAGUGUCAGGGUGUGAAGGUGCCUCCGUUGCUUUUUUUUCCCUCUCUGCUGCUGCCUGCACACUGACUUCUUUGAUGUAUUCUUUCACUUCCCUCUCUACUUAUACCUCCCUCCAUCUCGCUCUGCCAUGCUGGUUUCUGUCCCCCUGCUAAUUGGUUUGUCUCUUUUCACUUCACUCUGUGUGAGUGUGUGUCCAUCCGUGUGUCUGUUUCUCGCUGUAUUUUUAUGCCUGAAUUCCAAGGUGUGCCUGCAUAUGUGUGUGUGUGUGUGAAUCAUUAUGCAUAUGUGUGUGUGUGACUGACAGCAGAUUUUCCGCCACCAGCAGGCGUUGUGUUUACUGCUCUGAUGCACAUUUAGUUAGUUCAUUGGUUUUCAGCCUCCCUUGGGACACUUUGAGCCAACCCAAUUAACUGAUUUGAGAAGAGCGGUGGCAGCCAUGACCAUUUUUUAUAUUAACAUCCUUCAGUUUAUGAUAUACUUUACACAUAAAUCUUUCUUCCAGUACAUUUGUUGUAAAAUACAGCAGGCGGUUUUUUAAAGGAUGAAGUGAUUGUGCAGUUCUGUGCUCCAUAUGUGGUGUAAAACAUAAUUUGCAGUGAGUAGUCGUGAUCGUUUUUAUUUCAUUUGCAAACAACAGGCGGUUGUGAUGCUGAAUAGUGUUAAAAAGUGCAUUGUUGGCUGAGCAACUAAAGAUAGGAAAAUUUGAUUUCAUCUUGAGAGAAGAGAAGAUUGAUACCACACUCAUAUCGAUGAAGUAGACGGUGUGGAGCAACAGUCAGUUAGCUUAGUCGCAACAAUCAGCGACUCGACUCGGCUCUACAUUUACAAUAUGUUUGUUUCAAAAUAGACUUUUUCUUUCUAGGCCCACCACAAGUGUCUGAGAAAUAUCCAAAAAGUCCAUCGUUUUUCCUGCACACAAUCAUUUCCACUGAAACAAACAAGUUUUUGGUGAGUUUAACAUUUAUCUCAUUUCACGUUCAUCUUGGAAAUAAUCAAACUUCUUCCAUCUAUUCCAGUCUCUAAAAUAAGAUAAACUGAGUUAAACCCCCUUGGCUGGUUUAACAGUCAUUUUUUACCACGUAGCAUGAACAGUUCGAAAACAUUUGACAACGUGACAGCUCCCAAAAAAUGAAGCCAAAACUGGCAGCAGUUUAAUGGGGCACUCACAACAAGCGCGAGUAAAAUCGUCUACUCCCUUAAUUUGCGCGAAUCAAGAUGCAUGAAUGAAUUGUAUUUACUCACUUCAUUCACUCAUCAACUGCAAUUUCAACAGUUACCUCUGCUAAUUCAACCGGCUGAAUCAAGUGAUAGACAAAGGUUUUUUAUAAUUUACCAGGUAAUCUGACAUCCUCACUCACUUGCCCCCCAGACAAGCUCCUUUUGAUUCCAGUUUUGGUAAUUGAAAGACAAGGUAUCGGGGCACCCGCACAUCGACAUGAUCAGUUUGUCCUCCAUUUUAGAUACCAGUCAACAACCGUCUGUUUUCAUACGUUACCCGGCAACCUUCGUGUUGAUUAGUUAUCGUGAUGUUAAUAUCCGCUCAAGCUGAGACAAAUUCAGCUUCCGUCCAAUUCACGUCAUUCGCACCACCAGAGUAGUAGCAGCAUCUAAUCGUGUCUCUGCGUUGACUUAAUAUGUAAUUCAUUGCCGCGAAUGGUUUUACUCACCCUUGGUGUGUAGAGACAGUAAAACAUACAGCCCACCUCUUCUAUGUAAAGAGAUGAGAUAUAGGUCUAACUGGACCUGUUACUGGAUUAAGGAAAGAACUGGAGUUUAUAACUCUCUCUGUGUUUCAUGACUGAAAUAACCCAACAACGCAAUAUAUCAGUUCCUGUUGCAGCAGUAUUUUAGUUUCCUGUUUUAUUUUUGGCAAAAUGAAAGCAAGUUGCCUGUACAAUCCAUGGUGCAGACAUAAUGUUGUGGCUUACAUGUGAAGUUAACGCUUGAAGAAAGGGGUGAAAUUGAUUCUUACUCAGUGCUUUAAAACUGGGAUAAGGACAGUCAUCCACUAAAAUCGCUUAAUUGAACUAUGACUGUAGCUCGACUUAGCUGUGCACGUAAACGUACCAUAUGUUUGACGUAAAUAGACUGACAUAGCAUUUACACAAUAUAAAAAUUAUUAGUGAAUUAAUUUAUUCUCGCUUGGUGUGAAUGCAACACAAGACUGGUGUUGUUCUUCCUCUCUGACUCCAGGUAUUAAAGCCAGUAAGUGUAUUUCCUCAAGUAUCCAAAUGUUUGUUAAGAAUGAUAUCAAAACCAACCAUUUUGGCUCAUAAACACAAACUGUUUUGCCUCUUUUGAAUCCUCUCGUCUUGCUUUGAGUGCCUCUUCUUCACAGAGAUCACUCCUUUCCUCCUUACUGCUAUGAAAUAUGGAAUAAGCUCCCGCCUGUGAAAUGAGAAAAUCAAAUGGAAUAGUGCAAAAGACGGAGGCCGAUCUGUGUCUGCCGCCUGCAAUCUUCCAGAGCUGCUCAGGCGUGCACUGGAUGGAUUCAACCUGAAAUCUCAAGAUUGCUGUCUGUGGGUUGCCGUGUCUUUAGCAUCCUCCCCCCUUCCUCUUGGACGUCGUAGAUGUUGCCGUAAGUGUUUCGCCUACAACCCCCCUCGGCCACCCCAACUGUCCACCGACCCUUCCCCCAGCUGCUGGUUCUGAUUGCAGAUUUGCCCUUUGAGCUCCUGCAGGCUUCCAUAUUUUACCAUAUCUUUACAGGAUUGGCAGACACGUUGAAUAUGCUAUGAUCCGCAGAGGGACAGAGGACAAGAUAGAAAACCUGAGAUUUCAGAUGGAGAGAAGGUGGAAGGAGAAGAGACGGAUUACACAGAAACAAAGAGAGGGUAAAAAUGGGAUAAGAUGCAACAGGGGACAUGUUGAAACAAUUGGUGGUUUAUUGAGGAGGAGGACAAGGAAAAGGUGGAUCAUUAUAAAGGAGGACUCUGUGCAGGUGUGUGUGUGUUGUGUGAUAUCGAACAGCCUAAACAAAAAGAAGUGUGGUUUAGAAAUCUAAAAGGUCAAAAAACUGCAUCGACACGCCUCAUCCUCCUUCAAAUCCUCCGCUUUUGUAUUCCUAAAUCUCCCAUGUCUCUUCUCUUCCUUUUCUGUUUCCUCUCUUUGAACACACACACACACGCACACACACACACACGCACAGCCAUUAGAAAAUGUCUCAUGGAUAAACCUUAUUGAGGGUUGAGAGGGUCUGACCCCCUGCCAUUCGCUCCGUCUGGGUCUUCUAAUAAAGCCACCCCUGCUGUGGUUAGAGCCUUGUAAAGAGGGAUCACAUUUCCAUUUCAGUUGCUCACACACACACACACGCAAAGACACACACACUCACGCACACCCUCUAUUAAUUCCCCUAUUGCCCUGUGCCUUUUGUCCAAAUGCCUGGUGUCAUUUGAGGAGAGAAAUGAUGUGCUGCGUGGCGUUCAUUUUCAGGGAGGUAGCGACGGUGAGCAGCAGCCUCAACAUUUAAAGGUGUGUGUUUGAUUUAUGAGACGAAAUACUGAUGUAUGCGUGUCGAAGUGUCUCUGAUAGCAGAAAUGUGCGCGCAAAUAUUGUCAGAGCAUCGCCUCUUGCUAAAUUUGCGAGUGCGAGAAUGAGAUCAUGCAUAUCCAGGCAUCUGUUGCAUCUCAUUAACAGCUUUUUUGAAUGACACACACAUUGAGACACACACACUGCAAAAAAAACACAUCCUUCAUCCUAUUCUGUCCACCCUGAUAAUCCCUUUAUCUUGGCAGCUAUUCAGCACAUAAAGGCCAAUGCCAUUGAAUAAUGAUGUGGGCUGAUCUCCUUCUCACUCUCUCAAAUGCUAAUCGUAACGUCAAGGUGACAGUGGUGGAGGAAUUUAAUGUAUGCAAUCUUUCAAAGUGAAGAAAUAUGUCUCUUUUCAAUCAGAAGUGUGUCUGUGUCCGUGACGUGCAGUCAGAGUUUGAUCAAGAUUAUUGUCAAACUGGAUAUCUGAGUGGUUUAUUAAGCUAAUUGUACAUGUUAAAUCAGUGAUUUCACCAAUGAAUUAAUUUGAGAUUAUGAUUGUUUAUUUAGUUGUUUAACAUUUUAUGGUAUUGAUUCUUUUAAGUGAUAAAACUGCUUUAUUUAAACCUAAUUUUACCGGUUAAUUCAGUCAUAUCAAUUUAUUUAUGCUCCUUCUGUCCCUUGGCUUUUCAGUCACAUAUACAUAUUACAGAUUGAGUUUAUUGUCAUUGCACAUGUCACAUACACACCUACUGACGACACACCUAAUUGGCUUUAUUGGUUUAUUCAGAGAUUUACCAGCUAAUUCAGGGAUUUUACUGUUUUGUUCAGCGAGUUUUCGGGUGAGUUCUGUCUAGUUUAUUAAUUUUCCAAAUUUAGGUUUGGGUUAUUAGAUUGGAUGGAUAAAGAGAGAUAAGAAAUGUGCGGGAUAAAGGGAGAGGAAAGUUGAACCAGCGACUGUUUCGACAAGGACUGUAGCCUCUGUUUGCAGGGCGCAUGCUUGCUUAAAGUUCUACUCCGAUCCUUUUUUUUAAAAACUACUUAAGAUGUUCCAAAAUGGUCUUGAAAUUGUGAUUAUGAAGUUUUUACCAAAAAUCGCAUUGCCUGUGUCAUUUUCAAGGGCUUUUCUUCUGCAAAGCUCCAGUAGAUCAUUAGCAAUUCGCCUCUGAGUCAUGGGCGAAGACAGCGCUGCUCGUCUCCACGUUAGCUUGUAGCCUAACAUUGCCAGUGUAGUAGAAGUGGCAGGUAACAUAGGAGCUUUUUUAGGGACACAUUGAAAGCUUAGAUCAUAAUUAGCUUUCUUACGAGCAUUGCAAUCUACUUGUUCCGUGAUCGUCCUCCGUAUUUCUCCUCUAUAUGCCGAGUGUGGCCUUCAUAGCGGGGCUCUGGGGGCGGAGCUUAGAUUGGUUAUAUUUGAAAUCUAACUGUUUCUGAAGCUGAUACUUGGGUCUGCCAGAGAUUCACAGCGAUUUGAAUGAAGAAAUACUCAAUAUAAUAGCAAUUUCGUAUUUAGUUUUCUCAUGAUAUGUCCUGUAGCAUCAGAAAAAUGCCAUAUGAACACAUAUAUAAAAAACAAGAAAAACAGGAUUUUUAUCAAAGUGGGUCUUUAAACCUUGAGGCUAACAGAGAUUUCAUUGUUUUUCUCCCCCGACUAUUACCCUGAUUAGUUUUUGGUCUCUUUAGUUAAGUUCGGAUAAUCCCCUUUGGUUCAUUCAGAGUUACUACUUGUUUUCUGAAUGUUAUGUUAUCCGCGUGCCUUACCCUUGUAUUCUCAGAGUUCAACAGUUUAGUGACCCCCCCUAAAACCUCUGCUUCCAGCCCUCCAUCAGUUUCCCGCAGAGAUGCUCGCUUACAUUUUGAGUGACAGUCCCUGAAAUCAUUACAACAAUCCGUCUUUCUUCACGCUCCACACUCCACAUUUACAUAUUCAGAUGACACGCCUGGCUGGCUUGUUUAAUCACAUAAAUUUGCUCCGCUGCACAAUUACUAACGUCGCUUUUGUUUUAGCAUUUCAUUAUUAGCAGAGCAGCGGCGCUGUCACAAAGCUAGUCAGUUGGAGACAAUGGCAGGACGGGUUUUUUUUUUUUGGGUGAGGAAUAAUUGGGCAUUGUCAGGAUGGGGAGUCAAAAAGAGAAUACACCUCAUGGGGAAUUUAGCUUCAGUUCAAUAAAUUUCAAUUUAAGCAAUGUUUGUUUUGAGCAUCAUAGCGGAAACACGUUCAUUACCACAGUGCCGGGAAGUUUUUGUCCGCCUUAUUAAAGGGGCAGUCAUAGUUUCAAGUGUCGCAGACCUCCAUGUUUUGUGUCGCUGGGUGAAGUCCUUCGCACUGGCAGUACUUACACUUCCUCUUUCCAGGGAGCAACACGGCAGAAUUGAAAUCGGAAGAUUCAUUAUGUACAAGGAAGAUGAGGGUAAAAGACUUUCGCAAAGCUGAUUCUGACAAGUAAGGAAAGAAGGGAGGAGAGAAAGAAGAAGUGAAAUUGAAAAGCUUAAAGGGUUCUUUCUCGCGCGGUCACACGCUGUUGAGCUCAGCUGAACAAACGCGCUCAGAAUCAGGUCCAAAUGAUUUAAAUGCAGAGCAAUAGCCUUAGGGAGAGGAGGCAAUAAAAGGGUACAUGAAGGAGGAGAAAGUAGGGAGAAAAGAUCCUAGAGCAGCAAAAAAUAAGAGACAAAACUUGAAUUAUAUCGAACACUAACCAGAAUAAAAGUUUUUCUUCUAAAUGUGAGGUUAUCAUCUUUCAUUUGUUGCAAAAUAACCUGAAAUUCAGAGCUUUAAUGUGCAUUUAGCAGCCCCUUUUGACUUGUGUUCAUAUCAUUAGAAUACAGUUGUUUCAGGCUCAGUGAUGUUUCAUCUGCAAAAACAUCUGCAGGCUUUCCACAGACCUCACGGUCACAGUGUCCUCGAAAACCAGUGGGAAGGAAGACAGGAAAUGUCUCUGUCCCAUGGGGCUGUGUGACAUUAACCAGAGGCAGGCAUAUACAAACAUGUUUACACAAACCAUGCACGUAAACGCAGAGUCUCUUUGGGUUUCAACGGGUUUUUCGAGGUUAAGACAGGACACUGAAAUGCUCGGAGAGUGGAUCAUUUAUGAUGCGGACACGUGUUGCUGUUUAUACGGCCUUGCAGCUGGAGGCCAAUCGAUGGAACAGAAAAUGAGGCUGAAAUCUUUCAAACCAAAUUACCCUGUUUGCACACAAGACCACCUUUGAAAGACGAGUUGUGAAAGGGAAAAAGAAACAGCGAACAUAUGUGAGAAUGUUCUGUACGCUCCAUGAAUAUGAGAUGAAGUGCUCGGCCCGUGUCUUUGAAUCUUCAGGGUUGAAAUGUUUAUCUGCUCGAGGAAAACGCCUCGCGCUUCGUUUACAUGUCCCCAGUGGGAGAUCGAUGUAAAGGCCGCUGUGAGCAGAUAUGAAAGCCGUGUCUUAGAUAGAGAGGAAGAACACGAUCUCGCACACGUAUUGAGAUAUAACACACACGUAUCUGUAAUAUGAGAGGGGGGAGAGGGAGACUCACUAAAUUAUGUAGUUUCAAUUUCCCCUCCUUUAGGGAGGGUGGAUCAAUUUCUCAUACUAAUGCCAUUAACCCUAAGGAUCGGACAGUGUUGCCAUGGUAACACAAAUGAUGUCCCUUGAUCGGAGGCACCUGUUUUCAUGCUCAUACAAGCUUGCAGGCACACACACACACACAGACGGACACUGAUUAGUAAAUUAGCCGGUGCAAAAUUGUCUAGAAUUACAGACCCUCCCUCAAGCUGCACAGACACUCCUCAUUUAUGAACUUCAUCAUAAUACAUUUACAACACACAUUGCUGUCUCUAUGCAAAUGUUUGCAUGCAUUUUGAGGCACUUAAUUGAAUUGUCUCAGUCAGGGGACGGUCCCUUUCGCAAGGAGGUGUAUUUCAUUAUCCCAUCCCGGCUGUAUGUGUCUGUGUUUGUGUGUGUUUGUCUCUGUGUAUGCAAACCCUCUUUUGGUGUCAUUAUGCUCCCUGCACAUCGAUAUGACCCCCCAUCUCUCUUUUUUUUCUGCCUUUAUCUUCCACUCCCUCGCCUCUCAGCAGCAGCAGCAGCCUCAUCCUUGUUCUCCCCUCCCCCAUUCCUCUCACCCCCCACCACACAAAUGGCCUUCAGGUCAAGACACAAGAUGGUCAGUGGUGUGAUUAUCAUAUGGCGCAUCGAUGUUCAGUGCGCUUCUAUUGUAAGACCAUUGGGAAUCAUUCAAAAGCUCUUGAAAAGGAGCUUUGUGCAUUCAAUAUGAGCAUACUAGGGCCGGGCGAUAAAAUGAUAAUGAUAUCAAAAAUGAAUUUCCCUCGAUAUCGAUAUGAAACAUGGUCAGUAUGCUUUUUAAUAGGCGGCAUUCUGCCACGUUUUGGUAGACUAUACGAAUAGCCAAUGAAAAGGGGAGUUUCGCCAGGUCACACAGCGGUCAACCAUAGCACUUUAACAUGUGAAGCCGACAGCACUGUUGGUGAGAAAAAAAGAAAAUGAGUGCUACCCCCAACAAAAAUGCAGAUGAAGGCUCGACAGAUGACAACAUCGUCGACAACACUGGCACAAAAAAGUCUGUGGUGUGGAGGUAUUUUGUUUUUUUGAGGUCAGACAUGAAGCGGGGUAAUGUGCACUGCAAAUUAUGUCGAGUACAUGUUAAAUUUCUUUUGAGAAUAAAGGACCGUUUUUUCGUGCGAUUAUUUCGGACAUCAAUAUUUCUCUUUCUUUUGAGAAAGCAAAAGGAGUACCAAUUCGCCAUCACUUGACGUUAAAGUAGACUCCAUUUUUGUCUUCUCGCUUCCACCCGGGACGCUGUAGGACGGUAAGGGAAGGUCCCGCCCUCCUGUGCCUCUGAUUGGCUGUAGGUGCUGACUGUUUGGCUUGAGUGUGUGAUGACGUUUCCAGCUUUUCUAGCCAAUUAGAGGCGAAGGAGGCAGUCUUCCCCGGGAAAAGUCUUUUUCCCCCCAGAAAGUUGCAAAAUCGACGUGUAUAGUCAGGCAUGUCAAAAUUUGCCUCUGAAUAUUUCGAAAUAUUGCGUUCUAUAUAUGUCGGCCUCAGUGCAGGGAACAUUUAAGAUUGACGUGAAGUAAUUUUUUUAUAUUGUGAUACAUAUUGAUAUCGACUGAAAUGAAAAAAAUAUAUAUCGUGAUAAACUUUUCCCCAAAUCUCCCAGCCCUAAAACAUACAUGUUCAUGAAUCUCCAUAUUGAGUGUCCUUUAUGUGUUUUCCUCUAACCUCUGUGUUUGCACAGACCUUCAGCUGAAUACUAGGGCAUCGAUGAAUACUGCCCCGCACAAAUAACAUCCAUAAAGCAGACCCUUUCCCCCUCAAAUCGCUGCAGGCUAAUGAUGCAAGAGCUCUUUGCUGCAUGUUGGGGGUGAGAGGCGGAGAUGACAAGGGGGCAGAAGAUGAAGUCAGAUGAGGCUUUGAUGUCAAAAAGUUCUUUCUAUGUUUUAAUUGGAUUUAUCACACAGUGUGUAUCAUGUGCAUAGACCCUGCAGGGCUCUCAGUUGUUGUUUUCUUUCGCAGAGACAAAAUGUUGUGUCAAGGGUACGAUAUGUUUACUGCCAAAUUGUGUCUUUGCAUAUAUUUAUGUAUUCGCAGCCCAGAAAGAUCGCAGAAAAUUAGACGAAAUAGCCCUUUUGCACACAAUGAGUCUGUAACAAUAUCUCCAGAUUGAUUUCCCCAAACAGCGCACAAAGAAAGUCUCGGCAAGCGAAGCAGACACUGUCAUUGUGUGGAAUAAACUCGAGUCAUCAUCACUCUCCUCUCUCUUCUUCUUUUGUAAUUCUCCAAAUGGAACUUUGAGAUUCCCGCUGAGCUGCAAACUUGCAUGACUGCUGCUCCAAGAAAGAUGAGUCUUUUUUUUUUUCUUUCUCCCCUUAAAAACUGGAUUAUUUAUUAUUGUGGAAAUGCCUCUGGCGCUCCUCUGAGAGGCUUCCUGGGGCUCAUUUCUCAGCAGCCAUCCAGCUGUAAACCUUCCCUGCCUGUGUGCAUCCAGAGGACCCUGAAGAAGGCGGGUGUCAAAGCUACUGAAACUGAAGCACUGCUCUCCUGGUGGAUGUUAAUUCUACCCUGUCUACUUCAUCGUUGCUGCUAUCCAACAGCUUGUCCAACAGAUGAAACCCUCUCCACACACACUCAAUCUGAGUCCCUCUGUUUUUUUGCACAGAGGCUUUGCUUUGAUGGAGCUCGCGGUAUGUCUCAGGUCUCCCAGAGUGUGUGUGCAGCUGUGUGAGGCUCGAAAUUGGAUUUGUGCCUUUAAUUCCCAAAACACAUUCCUAUUCAAAUGGCUUUUCCAGUCAAUUAUUUUCUAUGGCACGAAACAGAAAACAGACACCCUGAUUGUGUCUCCUCCAAGGCUUCUGUUUUCUUUCAUUAUAGCCUGAAAAGAAAAAGAAUGACAGCAUGUGAGAGUACAGUUGUAGCCCUUGGCUCUAUCACAUGGUGGUGGCCUGUCAGUAUUCUGCUUUAAAAGGGUUCUCAGAGCUUUUAUGUGUGCUGUUUAUCUAGAAUUAAAGAACGAUGUGCAUCCUCAGAGGGGAAGAGCUGAUGCCAACUGAGAUUUAAGGACUCAGCAGGAAAGUACAUCAGUGAUGUUAAAGUGGGAUAAAUCUAUGUUUCUACCAUUUCAGUCAGGACCACUUUCAUCAUAAGAACUGUUUAUUUUUAUGCAGUUAUGCUGAGUUCGGGUUACCUCAGAAGUCAGAAGUCAAAGCUGAAAAUGACGUCACACCCAAGGCGGAAACAAGAUGGAUACAUCUAUGAAAGUUAUUUUAACCCUUGCCUUGUCCGUAUAUAAGGCAAGCGCUAACAUAUCUUUCGUAGAUGUAGCCAUCUUGCUACAGGCCUCCGAUUUUGCUUUUUUCCGACUUGGUAACUGAAACACUGGUAACUCGGGUGUGACAUCUUCUGAUGGGAUACUAAUAUUGUAGCCUUCAAUAUCGACCGAUACUGAUAUUGAUAAAAGUUUUUCACUCAGAUGCAAUGUCUUUUUUGAACUUAAACAAAAAAUACUGCCACAAGACCAACGUCACUCUUACUCCUUGCUACUUUGUUAGUACCUUAGUACACACUGUUGUGAUUUUGUGGGCUUAGAUUGCUGGAUCAGGGUGCUGUGAGAUGGAGGUGCUGGAGCGGAGUCUGGAAUGGACUGCUUGUAUCGGAGUGCUGAUAUCGUAGAUUUUCGAUGCAGGCUGAUAUUAUCCGAUAUUUGAUUUUUGCUGAUAUCGGAUAGAUAAUAUCCUAUCCAGACACCCCUACAGACAGUUCUUAUAUUUGUCAGUAUGGCUCUGUUCUGAGAUCUCCCUGUCCUUCUAUAUGCUUAUCUGAAAUGCCAAAGCAGGGAGAGCACACUUCCCCUCUGUUUCAUGUGCAUACAUGAAAAGCUAAGGCAGGUAGAGCAACAGCAAAGGCCCUCAGGUUUACAGAACAGAGCAGUGACAGUAUAUAUGACACUGGUAAAAUCAGAUAUGGCAGAAAAAGGAGGAGGGUUGCUGAGGAAAGAGUCUGACUGAUCUAACAACAUGCUCAGUUUGUGUUUGGAUGGUGAUUUGUUCGAACAUAUCUGUCAUGACGGAUUAGAAGGGGAAUACUUCAUUUAAAGAGAAAGGAGAAAGGUGCUGCUGCUCACCAACUUGAAUGUUCAGUAUCUACUUCUACUUCGGUACAGUUGUUUAAUGAAAUUCAGUCAUUAUCUUCUCACAACCAGCCGCCUUUCUGCCUGAAAUAAUACCGUGUUUGCACACAGCCUUGGCCCUGGAAAAGGGAAAACAUGCAAAGUGGCUUGGAUCCAGCCAGUAAACACCACUCCAGCCAAUUAGCAAAAGUUUUAGUACACUGCACUCUGACCUCUGGCUCUGCUGCCUACACUCUCCUCUCCAUGAGAAGCUGAGCCUCUUUAGCAGAGUGUUACAAACUUUUAUACCUGCUGAGGCUGACCUACCCUCAGGCAGCAGAUGCUCUGGAUUCUGCCGUGUUGCUUGGUGUUUGUCAGGAUUUUGUUUCCCUGGCAGUGUGAAAUAGAGCUGGAAAGAAGGGAUGAGUUUAUACAGUUGUUGGGAUUAAAUGUCAAAAGCUCUCUGGAGAAAUUCAUAUCCCAUUUUCAAAGCUACUUGAAAGCAAUACUAAGAUAUUGACAUUUGCAUACAUUGAAAGCUUUGUUUGUAAUUUCUGAAAGUGCUGCUGCACUUACCACUCCUGAGUUUAACAUUUGAGCUGUUAAACUCUUAAAUACAGGACAAAACCAGUAAAGAAAUGAGUAGUACCAGUUUGACCACAAGAGGCGCCAAAAUCAACAUGUCUGACAGGAGCUUUGGCUCAAUAACGACCGUUGAAGUGAAAGUAAAAUGCAGAAUAACAGUAAUACAAGGAGAUGAGAUUAGUAUAGUGAACAAGCUGACUUAGAGUUUUCUGUGAAACAAUCAUUUCUAUCUAGAGGUUUGGCAAUGCUGAGGCUAUAAAACACACCCAAGUUAGCCUGUGGCUGCAGCGUGUUUUUGAUUAAGGAGGAAUUUAGAUUUUUAUUAGUUUUCUCAGAUCUUUGAGAGGCACAAAAGGUUGUAAUUCAGCCUUCACAUUCCUCUAAUUAUUAAUUAAAGUGGACAGAAAUGCCCCGUGGAAUAUAAUUCUAUGAAUUCUGUCAAUUCCUUUGUGCUAAAUAUUAAUAAGCUGAUAAAUCUGUCACGGUUUAAACACUUUAUCCACAUCAGUUGGUUCUGAUCCUGUGAAAAUGUGGUCAUCGUUACUGAUUACACCUUCACACAUGCAGCACGCCUCUGUCUUCACAGUUUUUUUUCAUAUAAUUUAUUUAUCACAGUUUUUGCAGUGUCUUUGUCAGAUUGUUUAAUAAAUAAUGAAUCCAGGAAUGCACCCAUCUGGUCCGCUGGAUCAGGCCUGACAAAACUGAUUCACAUCAAAAAACUGUGUUCUCACAUCAGCGGUUGCAUACACUGAUUCAGAGCAAACCACGACUCACCCUGUCAUGACACAGCAUUCAUCAAUAAGCUCGGGAAUACUAUACAGUGUUAUAUAUGCUUGGUAUACAGUAUGUUUGAGCAAGUUUUCAAAGAUUUGAACCACAUCUCGGUGCUUUUUUAUCUGAUUGAGUUGCUCUGUUUACCAUAUGGCAGCUAGUUUACCUCGCUGUUAUCUGUUUCUGUGUAUCUUUAUUCAUUUUCAAUAUUUUAAUUGUCUUUAAGUCACACAAGACACCAUUUUUGCUGAGAGACAGCGGUAACAAUAUUAAUUUCUGUUGACGUGUUUAGGUUUCUAUACUUCAGUCUCAUGAUAUCAUAAUGGCAACUGAACAACACAAUUAGCAGUGUUCUCUGGAAUCUGAUUGGCUAUCCCAGUUUCCAACCAAUCUUAAAAUAGAUUGUCAGAUGCUAAUAUUAUAUUAAAAUCAACUAUUUUGGAUAUGUUUCUUAACAAGCUAGCAAUAUCUUUUUGUAUAUAAAUGUGACACUUUUUUAAUCAAUUAUUUAAGGUCCCUUAAGAAUUAAAGCUCCCCUGAGGAGUUUUCAAAAUGAUCAGAAAUUCAUAUUGAUGCCUUUUUUGUGAUAUACAAAAAUAAACACGACGAUUAGUGACAAUAUUAAUGAUUUCUGCAUUGUAAUUUUUAAUGCCUGUAAAUGGCGCGAGGGGGUAGGUGUCAGCCAAGCAGAAAUGGAAAAUGCCCUGGUUUCACAAGUGUUUACGAUAAACAAUUAUUGACUUUCAGAAGACAAAAGAAAGUGCUCUACUUAUGCAUGGAGAGGACAAAAUAUACAAGGAUUGGUUUGUCCACAGGGGGCGCCAAAUGGCAAAAACAAAAAGUUCCUUGCAGACGCUUUAAGUUGAGAAGAUUUAUAUCUUGUCAAUUUGUUGUUUCUUUUUGAAGUCCAAAAAUCUUAUACAUAAAUAUGAGUUAUAAGAGUUAAAGGAUAGUUUUGAAAGUAUUCAGUCAAGAGAAAGAAUGUAAAUAUAAUCAUUCUAUAAGUGUUCACACAGCUUGCCCACCCCUGCUUAUGUCAGGGCCACCCUGUCAAACGGUCUGGACAUGCACCUGUAUGGUAAAAUACCUAAAAUAGGAAUUUUCGACACUGUGUUGUGAUUUUUUUCUUUGUUUAUGAUGACUUGAUCAUCUUCAUUAUAAUUCUGGCCAAGUACAACAGGUGUAAAGACAUCCCCACUCGCUUAAAUCCAAUAACACACCUGAGCAUACAAACCACCUGCUGCUUCAUCAUCCUCCGUGGCUUUAGUUGCAUCCCAAAACAUUUUUGUGAUUCUUUUCUUUCUCUGGACCACCAUAAAUAGCGCUGAUAGGAAGAAGGGGAUGUUGCCAUGGUGACACAGAGCUGUGGCAGCCGGUAAUUAUUCUGGUUUAAGUGCCAGCAGAGGCACACACACACGAGCUGGCACACAGCGGCGGCAGAUAGUGACACCUGGACACAUGCCUCUCAGACAAACCAAGUAAGGAAAUGUUUAAGGGAUUGGUCUGUGUCUGAAAACUGGUCGAAAGAUCAAAAUGAAAAUCUAAUGGGGUGAGAAUGCGUAACCACCUCUGUGUGAUAUAUUCAUAGAGUGAAAAUCUGGAUGCUUGAGAGGGUAAGAGUGUGUGGCCGGGAAGUCAAAAUAUGCAGAUAAUACACAUGAUGAAAUACGAUGUCACUCGGUUAUCAUCCACCUAGUUACAGGCGGUGACUGGUCAAUGGAAAGUGUAUGUGUGUGAGUGUGUCAACAAGUAGGCGUGUGUGAGUCUGAAAGGCAGCAUGUUGUCCAAUAUGUAUUUGAUAUGGGUUUUAAAAUCACAAACACACUCCUAGAUCUCUCACAGCUCACCCACUCACGCACAUUGUCCAGCCAAUCUACACUUGUAUGGACAUUCAAUUGUACACACACACACACACACACACACACACACACAGCAACACCAUCCACCCUUUAAGGAUAAUAUCCAGCUCUAUGCUUUCCAUCCUCAUAGUACUAAACCCCCCUUCUCUUUUUUUAUCUGCUUUCUUUCAGGCAAGGCCGAGCUGACUAAUCAUCCAAGGUGUCAAGGUAAGGUUCUGUUUGCCUCUCACCAGCCACACACACUGAUAGCAGCACCAACUCGGGUGCAUUUCUCAUCUGGGGAAGGAAAACACAACCGGCGUUACAACAAAAACAGGAACUCCUCAGUGUCCUUUGAAGAAGAAGUUCAAAUUGGCUUCUGCGGCUCCGUCUGAGUCUCCACAAAAACUUCCCCCUCGCUGCUCGAAGACGAGGAGAGUGUCCCUGGCUCCCUCGUCACAUUAGCAUAGGCGAGGAGAGGCACAAUGGGUUUUUCAGCAUACAUAUUUUAACUUGAGCACAUUCAUACAUACACAAUACUCAGGGAGACAGGAGUUUGGCUCAUUCACUCCUCUGAACAGAUAUGAGGAAAGAAAGGUUGUCAGUUUCUGCCUCUAUCUCAUAAUCGACUGUAGCUGGAUAUCGUUUGAUUGUGAGUCAAAGGACACGCAAUAAAGAGAAAACAGACACAGGGAGAAAACACUGCUGACUUUUUGCAUCAUUCAACCUGCUCACUGUGUUUUCCUAUCAGUUAUACCUUUUCUCUCCAUCCAUCUACCAUCAUCUCUGCAUUCCUGCGACAGAGUCUGAAACGUCUCUGAUGCAGCUGAAAGUGCAGUAUCAGAGUUGGAAAGCCUGCCAGGCCAUUUGCUGAUUCAAUACCCCCCCAUAGAUACAAUAGAUAGAUAGAGAGAGAGAGAAAGAGACAGAGAGAGAGAGAUUGCAUGUGUAUGUGUUUUAGUAAUCCCACAACGGGACUACAGGGGGUCUGAACGUCGUCGAAAACUCACACGAGAAUUCAGCGAGAUCAAUGCGAGAUUUGUUCAAACUGUGACAUCAUCACACAGGGAUCCUCCUUAAAAAGGGCGAAUUUGUCAUUUCAUUAAAAAGAACUUUGUUGCAUGGCAACAGUGAAGGAGGCUUCCAGAAUGCUGGGGGUGGCCUUAAAGGAACAGUGGCUCAAAUGAAGUGUCUCAGAGAGGGGCUGAAGCGAGGGUUUUCAAAGACUGGGAGCUUAGUUAUACUUGAAUUUCAACACUGUGUUUUCUCACAGUGAUGCAGAGGUAAAAUUACAACUUAAAGUGGUAAAUGUGAUAAAAACAUUUUGAAUUUUGUUGUUGCAUCAUUAUCACAGAAAUCACAGAAAGGUAUCAGGGAAGAAAACUAUAAUCUGGCUCUGGUUUGACAUUGUCUGUCCUUCAUUUCUAUCACACCCUUCAAACAUCCUCCCAUUCACACACAUUGGUAUACAAACCCCCUACCACACAUCUAUUUGAUCAGACUUUACUGAGGCUUAAAGAAGUGCACAUGCUCUCUCUCUCCCACCCCCCACUCUCCGACUGUGAGUCACCCACAACACCACACAGCGCCAUAAAUCACCCGUGAUAACAUCAGGGGUUCCAUCAGUUCAGAGAAAGCAAACUUUGCGUGUUAGACGGAGACGUGAUGAGGUUGCUUAUGGCGUGCGCAGAGCCCAGACAGACACCAGUUGUGUGGAUGAGGGGCCACUGCAGCAGACCUGUCUGCACUGCAGUCUGUGUAAGCUAUGCGCUGCCAUCUGCUGGCCAUAAGUGGUUAUAGACGAGGUUGGUAACAUGAUCAAGAAAAUGACAGGGCAUCCAUUAAAACAGAUUUGAUGAUGUUGGACACGUGUUUUAAACCUUCUUCCUGUGUUAGCUUUUACUACGCAACCACCAUGUUAAGGGUCAGUUUUGACCCGUGUCUUAAAUCAGCUGUAAACUGCACUAAAAACAAUUCUCUAUCAUCCAGUUUGGUUGUCAUCUCUAGGUUAACUUGUGAGGCUUUUUUUUGGUGUGAGCCUCUGGGUCUUUCUUUGUCAGUGUACCCCUCAUACAGACAUCUAUACUGAAUUGAUCUCACAUGUCUGGACAUGCCCGACGUUGUUUUUUUGUGCAGGUAAAAACAGGCAAAAUGAGAAUUUCUUAAAUCUCACAUGAUUGAAAGAGGAUCUGACUGUCAGUAUGGUGCCUGACAGUGCACUUAUGAUUUCAUUUUUUUGCUCUAAUUAUUGGAUAUUGAUCUAACCGGGUCAACAGCGACCCUAACACAACAAGUGCCAUAAUUUUGAUAGGAGCAUUUUAUAAUUUAGUCAGUUUAAUUUUUUUAAUUUAAGUGGUUCUUUCAAGCAUUUAAAAACAAAAACGGGUCGCUGCAGACCCUAACACAGGAGGAGGUUAAAGAUAUUUAUGAUAUUUUGAUUCUGUGAAGUGUCAAACUUGUGUUUCAUUUUGCCGGUUUAUAAUGUAAUCAGAGAAUAAUCAAUGCUGCACCAGAAUCAAGUGAGCUCUGUGAGUUUUCUCAGCAAAUAAAAUACACUUUAACAGUUUGGUGAUUGUAUCCUGUACAAUUCUCAUAUUUCUCAUAUUCUCAUAAUUCUCAUACAGAUCCUCAUAUUCAAUAUUUGAUUUCAUUGUAAAUCACAUUAAAUUGGGUUUGAAGUUGGUCCAUUUGCUCAAAGCUGUUAGUGUGUCAUUGAAAAAGAAAAGAGUUGCUUGUAAAUUUGUUAGAUCUCCAUUUUUGGGGGUUGUGGUCUGCAAAUAAUUCAAAUUAAACUUUUAAACGUGGCUGUGUGUUUCUUUUCUUAUUUCUCGUUUUUUCCACAGCCAGUACCUGUUCAAUGUCCUCAUCUCCCACAGUGUGAUGCAUCAUGGCUCCGGUGCUGAGUGGCGUAUGGUGGGGGCCUGAGGCCGGUGUCCUCGGGUCAGGUGCGGCAGCUGCUACAGGUGUGGCGUCAUGGCUGGGCAGUGGGCAGCUGGUCCUGGCCGUUACCCUCAGCACCCUCACUGCCUUGCUGCUCUUCUCUGUGCUGCUUCUGCUGUGCGCUAGCUGCAAGGGGUGAGCCACAACGCACGCUCAAACAAAUAUGCACAGCGUUGACCUUUAUGAUUACUUUUGUUGCUGAUGUUCCUGGAGGUGCACGCCAGUUUUCAGACAUGUCAGGAAAGUCUGAGGUCUGUUGGAUUAGAACUUGUUUGUUUUAAAUAUAGCUACAUCCUGCAGACAAAUAACUGAGCAGGAUCUACUCUCUCUGGAAAUGCUGGCUGUGCAUUGCAGGGUUGAAAAUAGCACAAAUACCUGGGAGAGCAUUCUUGGCCUGAGUGUUUAUAGGUGUGGCAACAGUGAGGAAUGAUUCUGUUAUGUGCAUAAAAACAUUGUCUGCAGGGAUAGCAUGAUUUUAAAGGCACAGACAGGAAUCAAUGAAUCUUUCUGCUUUUGAAAAAGGCUAAUUUUGUUUAAAUUUAGCAAUAUAAUAGUUUGCAUGUCAUCUAAAAAGCAUUAAUAAUGUUCAGUGGAUAUUAGACUUAAACCACUGCCCCAUUUUUUGAAAACGUGUACCUACAGGGAAAUUUAAACCUUAACCCUGAAAACCAGCUUAUUAAUUUAUUCUGUUUUCUUUAUCAAGCGUAGAGCCAAAGCAAUAAUUAACCCACAGACUUUCACCUAUCCCUGAGUUAUUUUUAAUUCAGACUCGCACAAGACGCUGGCAACACAAUUCCCAACACUGCAGCCCUAUAGUUUUCUCCGUGCUGUGUAAUUAUCCAACUUUUUCACUCCUUCUUUUCUCUCGUUCUCUCAUUCCAGGCAGAAGAAGGCUGCCAGUGCACAUCCAGCAGGAGACCAUGAAAACCUCAUGAAUGGAGUGAGUAGCACCUCAAGGGUUUUGUUUCAGAAAAUGCACACAUUUCAUUAGUGGAGUAUGGAGACUCAAAACGAGCCAACAAAAUGUGCCUCUGAAGCGAACCAGUCAACACACUAUUUUUAUAUAUUUCAAGUCAAACAAAAUGAAGCCAGAACCAAAGGUGUAUAAAAAACCCUUUGAGAUUUUAUCUGAGGUCAUGGGUUGGACUAGGUGUUUGCAAAUCCCAGUUACUUCCAAGUCUUGGGAUAUUUUUAGAGACCUUGUGGAAACUUCAAGAAAUGUCCAGCUCAUGAACCCAUCAUAUGCUCACUAUUAAAACACUGCACCAAUUUUCACCUCAACCACAGCAGGCAUAUCACACCUAUAGAGGUCCAUCACUAGUUGCCAUGCUUGGUCAUCCCUGUGUCUAGUGAUCUUGAGAACCAGAAACUUUUGCCAUUAAGCCGCUCUACUUAGAGGUAUUUGCUUCAUCAUUUCUUAGAAAGUAGUGAGCCCUUUACUUUACCACAAACCUAAACAACAUUUUCAAUCAUCCACCUGCUAAGUGGUCCAUCUGAGCAGCCUCUGAAUCUCCAUCCUGGUCUCCUCCCCCACUCCACCUGAUGGAGCCCCAAGUUUUCCUGCAGAGGAGCUCAUAGCUGCUAUCUGUGUUAGCUCAGGCUAUCUCUGCUCUGAUUUAAUAAUAAUAAUAAUAAUAAUCAUGAUGACGAUGAUGAUAAUAAUAAAUUUCUUUAUAUAGCACCUUUAAAAGUGCUUUAAGGAAAGAAGCGAACAAAGGCAAGAACAGAUACGAUAUGAUACGAUUACGAUACAAUAUGAUACUAAACUAUACUAUACAAUAUGAUGCGAUUACGAUACAAUACUAUACUAUACUAUACUUUACGAUACAUUACGAUAUGAUACGAUACGAUACUAAACUAAACGAUACGAUUCGAUUACAAUAAGAUAAGAUAUGCUCUGAUAAGAUAUGAUAUGAUAAGAUUUGAUACAAUACGAUACAGUACAAUACUGAUAUGAUACGCUCUGAUACGAUACAACACGAUUUGAAAAGAUUUGAUACAAUACGAUAUCGAUACAACCGAUACACAAGUUAUCUCCCCUCAGGAAAAUGUCUUUUGACCCGUGCUGCUCACUUGUGGCUGCCUCCAGCUCGUCUCUCUCGUCUAAACAGAAGCAUCCACAUGUUGUUUUAGAUGACGUACACACUCCCUUGCAGUCCUCAUUAGCUCCAGUCUGUGUGAGUGACGUGUCUGUAAUCAGGCAGUGUGUAACCACUUGUUAAUGAGGCUGCGGAUGGAGCUUCCAUAUUGGCUGCAUGCCCGAACAACAACACACACUCAGAGACAUCUUCACCCCAAUAUCCUGUGACACUUAACCCUCCGACAUUUUACCUCAUCCAUUAAAGUGACACAGAAAUAUAAACAAACAAAUCCUCCUAACCAACAGCUGAUGUAAGUGUGAUUAUUCCUUAUGCAAACUUUCAUUUCAAAAUAUCUACUUAAACUUAAAGCUUGUCUUCAUUUUUAGUGAGUCAGCGGGGAAAAAGAAAUCGAUUUUUAAUAAGUGAAAACCUAUUUUCAAAAGCUAAAUAUUUAAUGUGAACAGCGUUGACCUUUGCCCUGGAUCUGUAUCUCUUGUAACGACCCAAUAACCUGACCAUGGUGUCAUGGGAAGUGAUAGUAAUUAGUGACUCUAGUUAUAGUGAUGCUCCCGCAGCUCAGUAUCAUUUAAGUGUGAUAAAUGUCAGGCUUCUUCAGACUAAGUGACAUCCACUCAGUUUCUCAUCCGGUCACUCCCUCUGCAGCUGUGUGUGUGUGUGUGUGUGUGCAUGAACACACAUCUCAGAGCUCUUUUGCUUUAAAUGGAUAUUUUCAUUGUAACCUGACUAUGUAACCGGACUAUGUGGCAGUGUGAUGUAUUGAAUAAUUGUCUUUAUACAUAAGCGGAUUGGCUCAAUCUGAGUGUCUUCUUAUAAUAACACAGUGAAGUAGCUCUAUCAGUCAUGUUUCUGUCUUUAAAACUCGUCCUUCAUUCAGGAAACAUUUUUGCAUUUUCCAAAUAGACUUGUUUUUCUUGCGCAGAGCAUCAUGGAAGAUAUUUGGGUCACAAAAUAGUUAAAGAUUACAUCAUAGACAACAGGAGCUGUGAGAGUAAGUGACCACUAGGUGGGAUUGUGGAGCUUCAGAUUCAUACACAACCUCCUGCUCACACUGAGAGAAAACAACACACCUAAACAAAGAGACUUGCACCUAGUUAUAUUCUUCUAACAGUGUUUUGUAAGCUUUUUCUUCUGUGUGAUAGAACAAGACAGUGUAUAUCUAACCUGUAUUUCGAUUAAUCUCGCCUGAGUGAGGAAGCUGCUUAAAUGCUCAGUUUCCCUUCAGUGACACUGGUUUGGAUGAAAGUGUCGACUUAAGUGUUUCUUCACACAUAGAGCUGCUUCUGUUGCUGAUUUAGCCACGUGAUGGUGUAAGUAUAGGAACCAGCCUUCAGCUAGAGGACACGAUUAAAAGACUUUAUCGUCCGCUCUCUGCCUGAGUGUCCUUGAGCAGGACUGAGUUCUUACUCGCUGGAGGGUGGCUGUUUUGUAGCCUUGACUUUCCCGUAGAGGGGGAGAAGGUUAAACAGAGGGACGAAUGCUUUUUUGUUAGGGUAAUGAUUUUUACUCUUCUGGAGCCGCAGAUGCUUGUCGAUUUCCCACUUCUGUCAUAGUACUGGCUUGAUUUGGCUGUCUAUUAAUAAGUCGACAUUGACUUCAUACAAUGAGAUGCAUCCACUCAAGUUUUUCAGCAGAGGAGGCAUGUCUGAGAAAAGCCUGAGUGAACUCAUCUGCAGUAAGAUUCAAACAGCAUCAUGUCGUCAUUCAGCAAAGAUCGAUCUCCAGGUGUUUUACUUUUGUGGAUUUUAAUAGAUGAGAUUUAAUCAAGUGUGCUUAAUCUGCUGAUUAUGAGUUUAAAAUAAUUAGUGAUAUCAUUUUAAGGCGCUGAUGGAAAACACCCUAAAAUCCUGAAAUAUAAUCUUCAGAUCACACUAAAAUCUGCUGACUUUGGUUUUCGGGUUUCACAAAGGUGUGAAAGUCGACGCGUGCAGAUUCAUAUCUGAACUCUUUUUCGUUUUUGGUGUGACGUGUUAUUGAAAUCUAGUAAUAUUUUUUUCAUGUACCUAAAUGCCUCAUCUGGCAGCCUCUGGGUUCAGCCCCAGCAGUGAAAAACAUCCCCUCCUUUGUUGUGCAGGUGUCGGAGAGGGAGACGAUCAGCCAAUCAGCAGACAGUCCUGCGACUGACGGGGCGGUCAGCAGCUCUCACAAUGGUCCUCUUACCAGCGGUACAAGUAAGCCAAGAGAGUUAGCUUAAACCAGUGUUAUUUCUUCAUUGUCCAUGUUAUUAUACUAAUAAAAUGAUGCUGAUAUAAAGAGUCUAGAGCCAGAAAUAGAGCAUGUUCCUGCUCUCCUCUGCAACAGUGAGAAAACACUUUCUAAGUAGCUGUUUUUAAGCCUCUUCUUUGUUGAUUCAAGUCUAUUUUAAACCUCAACUUCUAUUUUCUGGGCCAUAUCUAUCGUCGUUUAUUGUCAUUUCUAACUGGGCAGGAAUGAAAUAUCAGCAACAAUAAACUUGUGUGAAUAUUACUCAUUACAACACGACUCUUAAGUGUCAAAAACGUGCUAACCCUUCUCUAAAACACACAAAAGGUCAUUUAAGGAUGAGCGUUUAUUAAGCCUCACUUUCUCUUUCCAGUCCUCACAGACACUCAGGACACCAGUCCCCAGCCGUCAGAGGAGUUGCUCUCCAGCCAAUCAGAGCUCAGGUCCUCCAAGUGUCCUCAGGACCGCGAGCUUCCCAGCAUACCUCCUAACAACGCUCUCAUUGGGGACGGACCCCCAGCCUCAGGGGACAGCACCUAUGAGGUCAUUGUUUAGAGUCACCUUGGUGAAGAUAAUGGUGUUAGCCUGAAUUUAUUAAUACAUAGGAUACAAGUGUUCAUUGGCCGGACUGGCGAUUGAUUUUUUUUUAUUUAUCUGCUAAAGGUUCAGAGGUUUUAAGUCAUUAGAUUAAUUGAGUUUAAAGGAUUACAAAAGUACCCUUUAUCUAAAAAGCAAAAUAACUUGAAUUGUGUAUGUAACGCUCAGGUGGUGAAGGAGAUGGCGACGGCGUCGCGUGACGUCAGCGUGGAAGACUCACUGUACGAGACGGUCAAGGAACUCAAAGACCCCCCAACUGAACUCAGCCUUCCCAACGGUACAAUCCAGCUGAGCCCCAACGACCCUCCUCCUCAUCCUCCUGCCCUCCUCAACGGCCACCUCACCCCCUGCACACCUGAGCGGGGUCCCCUGUGCGCCGGGGUCGAGUACGCCUCGGUUGACCUGAAUAAGAAGAGCCGCCACAGCGCCGACAUGGAGGCCAGAAGGCGCUCGGAUAACGCAAACAUCCCCUCUCACAAGCCUCUAGAGGAGCCGGAAGAAGAGUUGCCUCCACCGGUGCCAAAGAAGGUUCUGGAUGAAAAUGACAACCAGCCGUUGGUGAUGAAUGGGCUGUCAGGGGCUGGGCUGCACAACGGAGAGGUGAGGAUUGUGGGUACUGUACCUGUAGAUUUAAACUAGCUUAGAUUUGCAUGAAACAAGAUUCGACAGAACUGAGAAGAAGUCGAGAUGCUUGAAUAAUAAUUCAUUACUUCUUGUAUUCUUAAAUUUCCCUCCCUUAACGACUGAUUGUAUCUCCCUAUAAACUUAAAUUCAUAAUUUUAGAGAGACUGUAUAAAUACUCGCCCAACAGGAGAACAAACACAAGGAACAAAGAAAAGUUGAGAUGUGUCACUGCUACAAUUAUCAUCAGCGAAGUCGCCUCAGGGAGAGUGACAGACUGAGGGGAGAAAUUUAAGAGAGAGAGAGAGAGAGAGGGGAAAAUGAAAAUGAGAGCUGGAGUAGGAAGAGCAGGAGAGAGUAAUAGAUAAAACAGAGAUAAAGACAGAGUGAUGAUUGCUCAAAAAGCGCUGAGAGGAACAUAAGGGGCGAGACAGAACGAGAGUCAAGAGUGAGAGAGAGAGGGGGAACCCAGCAGUGUAUAAAUGAAGACAUCUGUAGUAGAGAGAAGAAAGACGGAUGACAAAGACAGUGAGAGAUAGAGAUGUAAAAAAGAGAGGGUGUGUGAGAGAGUACAAGAAAGACUGAGUUAAAGAAAAGAGAAGUGGUUCAGUGUCAUGCACUGAUCAUACAGAGCAGAGCUGCUGCUGCUGCUGCUGCUGCUCACAGCAUGCUGCUUUCCACAUGCCGAGAUCCAUCAUCAGGGACACACAUGUACAAACACACAGGCAGCACAUACACCAAGGCUCUCACUGAGCUCAGAGAGAAUUGCAUCAGACUGUUGACAAGCACAAAAAGAUAAAUCACAGACUCGAUCUGCCAUAUUAAAGGAGACUUAGUCGACUUUAUCUCUUAAUAUUCUCACCUACUCCAGCUGGAUUUCUUUACUUUUGCCGAACUAUAGGAGAACAACUUAAGGAAUAACUACAUUUUAUUUACGCAACUGGUGAAGCUGUAAGGACGGCACUUGUCUGCUCUCUUAUUUAGUUAACCUCUUUGGCACAAAUCUCAACAACAACUUGAUGGGUUACUAGGGUGACUGUAUUCUGACUUCCUAAAAAGGGGACACGACUACGCUGGGUGGAGUCAUGGAAUCACACUCAGUUAAUUUUGAGAGUUUUUGGGUCGGACCAAGUGUCUUUUACGUGGUUCUAAUUCAGUAAGUCCACGUGACACAAACUCAAAACUCUGGUACAAAACCGUGGACAUUUGAAGGAUUUUAUAAACUUCCCCAGACAGCCCCCCAAAAAAGAGGACAUGUCCGGGUAGAAGAGGACAUUCGGUCACUCUACUGUUCUUAUGCUGAUAAAUUGCUGGUGAGCUCACAGAGGGUGAAGUCUUGUGACUUUGCUCAUCCCCUGACUUUCAGCAUGGUUGGUUGAUUUUUGACCAAAGUGUAUAGUAACACUCUUGCACUUAACAUCCCCCAUUGUUCACAAGACCUGACAUGUUCUUUAUUACGAUCUUCCCUCCUCUCGAAUCUCUUCCCUCUAAUCUAAUCUCCACCUUCCCUGUUUUCUUUGUCACAUCUCUCCCCUCCUUUGUCUCUGAUGUUGAAGCCAAUUAGCUAAUCACUGCUGCUCAUUUGGACAGCAGGUGCCGCUCGACUCAUCUGACCCUGUAUCAAUGAUGAAAUCUUGAUCUUUGUCUCUGAACCAAUCUGGCAACCACGCACACGCACAGAUAUGUACUCAAUUAUAGAUGCACCCAUGAACAUAGACACACAUGUACACUUUAGUCUGUCUAGUCAGCGUUAAAACCUGCCCACCCCACCCCCCAUGCUGGGCACACACACAAACAGAUACUCCAACAUGUGUGUGUUUACAUACAUUCAGCUCCUCACAGACUCCCCAGGGCUGAUUUAAGGUUAACCCUGAAUGUUCGUGGCUCCCUGCAGGUUGCUCCAUGUAUGACCAAGAGCUGUUGGUGAUUUGUCUUGUCAGCCCGGGUUGUGUGUGUGUGUGCGUGUUUGAGCCCAGUGAGCGCCAGCUGGCCACCAUCACUUUGACAGUCAGUCUGGCUUCAUGAUGGAUGAUGUGCUCUAAAGAAACUCUCUCACUCACACUCACACACAAAUACACGCUCAGCUGCGCGCACACACUGUGGGUGCCUGUAUGUAAAUGUCUCAGGAGGAAUCCCCUCAGGUGGACGCUUGGUAAAUGCUGCUCACACACAUUUCUCCGUACAUAACAGGGUUUAUACAAUAACUGUAUAGAAACACACACUCUCAAAAUCUAUCCGUGACCUUUCCCUCAUAGUUCCUCUGAUGCUGUGCAGCGGUACAGAUAUUGAACCACCAUAAACAGCAGUUACACUUGUUUGCAGUCGUCUGCCAGUGUGUCGCCUUCAGGCUUUUCUUGUGAGGUUGAGGAAAUGAAUUUGACCCAGCCAGUGGGCUGCUGUGAAAAACACAAGGGUCUUGGUCCAGGUAAACUGCAUGUCAGCUCUGUAGGGGAGUCUUUUUAGCUGUAUCUAAGCUGUGUGUAUUUAAAAUGUGAGUUAGAUUGUAGUUUAAGCUAAAUCUGUUUUGCAUAUUCACUGUAAACUUGGUCUCAGUCACUAAAUUGGCUUGUGUGAUCCUUGGAAGGAAGAUAAUCUGAGCUGAUUAAUUCAUUCUGAUGUGUGAAUGUCAUCACGCUGGUCAGCAUGAUUGACACAUUGACACCUGAGUCAUCCAUCUUCUGAGGCUGCUGUAAUCAGCUUACCGCCACGCUCACAUGUCCUGCGUGUCAUUGUGUCUCGUUCGUCCACAUACACACAUUUACAUAAUCCUGCCUGUCAAACACAUACGAACCAAUCACAAGUUUUAUUCCUCAGAUUAAAUGUCUAGAUGUGUAAAAAAAAAAAAAAGCUUUUUUCUUUUAAUUAGUUAAUGCAAGUCUUAAAUUCGAUUCCUGAAAGCAUCAAACCCAGGUUAAGCACCAGGUUUUAGCUGACAAGGCAACAACAAUUCCACUUUAAUUUGCAGACACUUGAUACUCGCGCCAACUGUGGAGGCUGCAAAUUAGAUGAACAAAUAUUGUGAGACCCACCCUGAGGUGCAGCAACUGGAUCAAGUCACCUUUGUCCAUGUUUAAUAUGAAGACUCCUCCAGGGCACUCUGCCUAAUUGGUCAGCUAAUUAAAGCAAAAUGAAAAAGGUGUCCGCUGCAUCAGAGUGUACGUGCGCUGAUGUAUGGAAGCAAUCGUGUCCCCAAACAAGCGUCAUUCGAAAGCUAAUCACUCAUGGAGGCUGUUUGGGAGAAUGCCACGGAAAUGAGCGUCUACAUGAUGACAUUACUUCAUAAUUAAAUUAUAAUUAAAAGGAGACAGGUUAAAGAAUCCCCUGCUCUUUCCAUUUACCUUAAAGCGCCUGUAGGGAACUUUGGUAGCCCCCUUUGGAGAACGCAAUACCCCUUUUACCUUUACUGAUUUUGUCUAUACCUUGUGUUCCUCAAAUUAACAAUUAUUUAGCCUCUUUGCAAUAGAAAAUGAAAAAAAAAAACUGUUGCUGCAGCGUGCAAUUAAUCACUUUGUCUGACACCUACCCUGUGGCAGCAGAAACAGGCUUUAAAAUAACAGGACAGAUAUAGUCAGUCCGUAUGCUAAAAUUUAGUCUUUUUAAAACCUGUAGAAAAUUCCUCACAUGGGUUCAUCAUCUUAGCUCAUCCCUCUACAGUAAGUCAGUUUUUUAUAACAUUGAAUAUGUCAAAAUGGUGUUUUUUUUUAACAUGUUUCCACCACAUCUGGAAACAUGCUUUAUUAUCCAUUCAUGUACAAACUAUUAAACUAAACUACAUUUCUCUCUGGCAGACAAAUUAGUCUACAGCCAGUCAUUCAUUUAUACAUUCAAUGCAACAGAGUGUCCUUAAAAUAUAUAUGUAUCUAAAAACAAACUUAAAUCUUUCCUUUGUUAAAACAUCUGUAUGAACUCGGUCCCUUUAUCCAAGAACCUAUCAAAUCUGAUCUUUUCCAGAAAGAAUGAGCGGUCCAUACCUAGAGAGGAGUUUAUAAAAUUCAUAUGGGAUGAAGUAUUUAGUCAUUGCUUGCAGCGAUAUUGAGGUUCUUGUUAGACUCCUGAGGUGUUUGCUGCGUCUGCCUCGUGUGUUUUUGAUUAAUGGCUCCCUCAUCAAUCAUACGGAGGACAGACGCUGUGCACAAAAACACCACACUCCCUGUCACCGCCUAUUGACUUCCACUCAAUAAUUUUAUAUAAACGCCUGCUUGUAUACAACAUUAGCUACAUAUACUCAUGUGUUGCACCAGAUAUUGCAAAUGCGGGUCUUAUGUCUCUGCCGCCGCUGGGAAUGGUUUCAAAGUUCAUUUAUUGAUCUACCUUUUAAGGCGCACAAAGAGAUUGUCCCCUAGUGUCUGUGUUUUUGAGAGCUUGUUAGUAAUUUUCCAGCGUGUUUUCAUGCAGAUCAAUACGAGGUGCAAUAUCUUAAUGAAGUGUAUCAAUGUUUAAAAAUUCAAUGGUUAAAACUCAAAAGAAUGACAUAUUUGUGUAACAUCUUUGCAAUUUCUUGUGUCAAAACCCCUGAAAUGUUUCAAACAGGAGAAGCAAGCCCCCACUACGUAGCUUUGGGUGUUGUCUAAACGUCUGACUCUGCGCUCCGUCUUUUCUUUUCACAUGCCGUCUGCCAUAUCUAAAUCUAUCUUUUUGUUCUCUUGUCCUACAGUUACACUCCCCUCUGUCUCCAGCACCGGGGUUCCACAACCACAUUAUGUCAGACAAUGAGGUAAGUGUGUGUUAAACUCCCUUAUUCCCCAAACUGCGGUCCCAAGACGGCAGCACUUUACUCUAUACCGAUGCAGAGAGCGCUGAAAAGAUAAGAAAAGCAAGAAAACAGUGGAAAUAGUCAUGCUACAUAAGGAAUUAGGCUACGAGGGAAAGAGCUAGCAGGGAUCUUUCGGCACAAAUGCAUCAGUGAAGUCGUUUUAUGUGUUCAGUUUCCUUUUAUUCUGAGUUUAGAAAUGUUCAUGACAUUUCAUACAGCCGUCUCAGAUCUGUUAUUUCAGUGAAAGAACUACGAGCACUGUUAAAAGUAUGUUAUCUUAAAGGUUGAAAACUUUGGAUAUUAAAAGUAGAGUCUCAGGUGACUUCUAUGUCAUUGUUCUAAUGUUAGCUCAUAUUACUUCUACAUUUAAGUUGGAUUGGAAUCAAAAGUAUUAUAGUUAUUAGUUAUUUUCCCUUUUCUGAGUGUCCUGUUGGUUGUAUUUCAUUGUUCAUAACCAGGUGAUUCAUGAAACAGUCUUGUAAAUAACAUCCCUCUGUGAGCGAGCAAGCUAAAUUCAAAUUCAAAUUUUGUUUAUAUAGCGCAAAUCCACAACAGUUCUCAUCUCAAGACGCUUUCCAAAGAACAAGAGCAGGUCUUGACCACGCUCAUUGUUUGAUUAACUAUCAAGACCCAACCUAAGAUGGGAUUUGGCCCAUCUCAUCUAACAUGAGUGACAGUGGCAAGAUAAAACUUCCUUUUGACAGGCAGAGACCUUGGGAAGGACCAGACUCAUGCUAGACAGCUACCAGGCCGCUGCUGGGUUGGGAGGAAUACAGAGAGAUAGGGAGGAAGAGAGAGAGUGAAGGAGAAAUAGAAUAGGUAGGGGGGAGAGGGGGAGAGAGAGUAGAGAACGAGGGGGAGAGAGAGAGACGGGGACAGCAGCAACAUCAAAACAACAACAACAACAACAGCCCAUGUAAUGGUGAAACUAAAUGAAAUCAGUUUACAGGGCUAGGAUAUAGGUUAUUAUGGACAAUGUUAAAUUAAUUUAAAGUGAUCACAGUCAACAGCCCUAAUAGUAGUCAGCUCUAGUUUUAUGUUAUUAAUGUCAGUGAGGCUGAUGUUCAUGUCGGCAGUAACAGUCCAGAGGAACCCAAGAGAAGAAGGAGCUCAGGGCCUGAGGCGGACAAUCAUAAGAAUCAUAAUCAAGAAGCUGCAUGUAAUCAGGGUCCAACAAAAACACGCAACUAAUGAAUAAUACAACUAGUCUGUGAUGAUUAAAUGCAGCUGAUAUAUAAUGACAGAAGCCAUGUUGAGAAAAAUGUGUUCAACACGCAUCUUGGUAUUCUUCUAAUUUGACCCAUAUCCCAUCUGUUAACAUGGAGGGGGCAGGUGAUGUCACCUUUAUCACAGCUAGUCAAUUAUCGAGCUCUUAAUGUUUUGGCUUUACGUUUAAGGGGCUGUAAAAACUAAACAGGUCAGUUAUGUUGACUCUGUUUUUGUGUGUUUUUUAGUUGUACUCCACAGUCGACAAAACAAACUGUGACGAUGCUCUGAACGAAGACGACAAAGAGCACGACUACAGCAGCAUCGCAGAGAUUAAAGGUCUCGUCCCGGCCUCCUCCUCCAGCGACCUCUACGCCACCGUCCGAGAUUUCUACACCCAGCCUGACGAGCCUCAGCCUGGGGAAGACCCCAUCUUGGAUUGCACAGACCCUGGCUACGAAACCAUCCGCAUCCCCAAGACUGGCAGCUCAGAUGAUGAUCACAGGGUAGGGCUGGGGGCUGAGGGUUCGGAUGCUGCAAAGACAGAGCCUGAUUAUGAGAGUGUCGGAGAGUUGGGUUUGAGUAGAGAGACAUCCCGCCUUUGAAUUCUUCCCUUUUCAUCAUCGUCAUGUAUGAAGGAGAUGCCUCCUCUUUCUGACAUCUUUCAGACGUCACUUCAUUGCUUUGAACCUGCGAACAUUUGUACGGGGCAUGACGUUUAGAGAACAGCAGGAAACGGCUCAACGAAGCUAACGUGGAUGCAUGAGUGUUUUCUUCAUAGCUUGGGUACGGAUCAUCAUAACUGACCUUUAAAUUAUCAGCCAGUGGAAUAUCAGCAGUACUAGAAAAUGAACUGUGGUACCUCAAUCACUGGGCAUUGAUCAUGUGGAAGAGUGCACUUUGAAUUAUGUUUAUUUAACUCACCGUACAACAAAAAAAAACAUUGACGAAUAAUCAAGUAAAAAUCCAAUCACAGCACGUCUGCCAAAUUUUGAGGGUUAGCUUAGGACAGUACCAGUGUCCCAAAAAUCCAGUGCCAUAUUAUCAUUACAUUCAUGCACUUACUGUACAUAGGAAGGCAACAGUAUUUGUGUUUCUGUAGCUGCCAGCGACUGUUCUGCUUCUUCCAGGUGACAGUGUCAUGUUUUAUUGACGUCUUUUGUUCCAGGUCAGCAGCACCUCCACGGAGAAAUCUCUGCUUAAAAUUUAAAGGGGGGUUGCACAAAAAAAAUGUUGCAUUCAUGAGCCUGCACCAUCAACUAUUGUGGUCAUCAACCUCUUCUGUUAAGACUUCUCUCAGCAAAUAUACACAGCAUUUUUCAUGUGUUACAGGGCAGUAAAUGUGACACUAGUCGUCCGUAGAGCCAAAAUGGAGAAUUAGUCUAAAAGAAGAAAAACAGCUUCACACAAACUUGCAAUGUCCCAGUUCACUCUGAAUGCUAAUUUCAUAUUUAUUUGAGCGUAGGUAUUGUUGUGUAAUUGUGAAACGUUACAAUGUAUGUCUGUGAGAGAAAAGUAAUUAAGGUUUUAUAGAAGUUUCUAGCAUUUUUAUAAAGAUACAAAAUGAAACUGAGUUGUGUGAUGAUAACAGUAAAGGUACGCUUUCUUCUGACUUUUUUAUUCAUUGUUUAAAAAAAAAAAUGCAUAGGAUGAGAACAUAUUUUUGGUCACUUUACACAGGGGGUCAAACAUAUUCAAAAGCAGGAUAAGGUGGUAAAAUGACUUAUUUGAAGCAGACGUUUGGUACAGCCUUGGGUUGGCAUCUUGGAUCAUUUCAAAGCACAAUGUUCGAUAACAUGGUACUGCAUUUAUCAGAAGCAUUGUCACAAUCCAGCUGCUUCUCUGCACAAUUUGAAUAUCUAAUGCUUUGUAAAUUACCGGUAGCACUCUGAGAGAAAAAAACAAAACAUAUCUGUCUGUUUGUAGCUUGUACUGACGACAUGCCAACUGAGGCUUGUAUAUAUUAUUGGAGCACUAUUUUAACCAACUGUUACUCGCUGGAGGAUUCAUGUAAGCUUUUACUUAUUUGUACAAUGUCUAGAGUGGUAUACUUUUAGAGGAAGUCUAUUAAAAGCACUGAUAUACUGUAUGUCUGCUUUGUUUUUAGGAAAACUGAAAGUGUGUGGCUUUUUAUCACGUGUUCCUACUCCAGAAAUAAUCAAAUGUUAGAAAUAUGGUACAAUGUUUUGGUACAUGCAUUUAAAGGAACUGCUGUGGUACUUCUGUUGAAAAAAAAAACUGAUUUAAUGCCUCAGUACUGUUAUUUGUUUUCAAAUGAAGAGCUUUCUUUGCUGUAAAUAUGUCUGUCACUGCAACAGUACCAUCGCUCUAAGCAGGAAUAUUGGUGUCAUCUGUUUCCACCCACAUCAUAAUAUUACAGCAUUACAGUAACUCCAGCCUCGGUUCAAGUUUCAUUAGACAUGCAGGAGCUUGUUGUCGCCUCAGACAAACACAGUGAGCCUACGCUGACUGGUUUUAGAUUCAUAAAUUAUAUCAGACAGUUGAGAUGCUGUUACAUCUCCCAGCAAGAGGGAGAGGAUUUCAAAUGCAGCCUAGUGCUGUUGUGUUAUAAACCAAUAUGUGCAAAUGAAACCUCGAAAAAAAUAUAUCUUUCUCCUGCAGAGGAUUUAUUAUCAUAACUAGGUACACUCUAAAAUAAUAACUACAUUUUUGCGUCAAUUCAUGUGCCUGUGUGUGAGGGUGGUGCCAUUAUUUAACUCGAAUAAUGCUCACAGAAUGCUAUAAAUGACCUCAAAGGAAAUUAACUGUUGAAGGGGGUGUUUCCGUGCCAAAUAUUAUCAGGACAACACACACAGAGACACAGAUAAUAAAUAGACUCCUACCAAAAAUUACACAAUUUACUCAUUAGCUGUCUAUCAUGGUCAUACACACAAUCCUCAGCAGAGAGUGGGGGUGUGGUAGAGGUUUAGAGACGCACCCUCACUACCUGUCUUUUCUGUAAUGAGAACAUUUAUUCCCCACACAACUAGCAGACAACUCCACAGUGACACCUGCUUUUGAUCACAGGGCAGAGCCUGUUUUAGAAGUUACGACCGCAUCCGUCUCCCCUCUCUGUCUGCUUUUCCAUUUUCUGCAUGUAAAUAUUUUAUGACAUGAAUUGUUCUAUUAAAAUAUAUAUAUAUAUUAAA